CCUCCUGCCGCUUUUAUCAGCAAGCUGACCCAGAGUUUAAGGUCCACUGAUUUCCCUCUUGGACAGUCACCUUCAGAAUUGCGCUGUAAAGAAUGCAGAGCCAUAAAACCUGAUGAUCCAGGUGAGUUGCAGUUGGCAGGGGGUGUUUCUCACAGGGUGGAGCCCUGCGCAACUCAGUGAACCUCAAGGCAAAACCUCUGCCUGAUACCUGUUCCCAGCCAUUUCCCACAACUGAUUUAUAGACCACCUCCUGUUUGGGUUUUCCUUUUUUAAAAAAACUGCAAACACUAGAAAUCCAGGGGAUAAACCAGAACUACUUAUUUUGUUAAUUUAUUUUAAAAACAAAGAGAGUACCCUCAUCAUAUUAUCAUAUCACAACGUGGUGUUAUGGGUCUUUGCACUGACGUUGUAAGGGAGUUUAUCCCAGACCCUAAAUAAGCACACAAAAAGGCUUCCAUGUGUUUUUGAUUAAGCCUAGCUUUGUGUACCAUUCAAGACCAGAGCGCCUUUUAUCUAGCUCCUCGCCGUCUGAUCUUACCUGGGCUACGGCCAGCCAUUCACCCCAUGGCCUCCUCCUCCUCACCCUUCCCUGCAAGGAAUGAGUCAUUCUUGCCGUCUGCUGAAAGCGUUAUGUUAGGAGCCACUUUCUGCAGCCGUGUCAGUCCACUGAGUGACAAAGAGUCUUGCGGCAUCUUCAGAAAUAACAAAUGUUAUGGUGCAAGUUGUGAUAGCGCCACUGUAAGACUCCACGAGACCCUUCAUUGAUUAGGAACCAAGUUUUGCCGAAACUUUUACCCACCUAGUUUGUUCUAAAAGUCUUCAAGAAAACUUUUGAUAAUGCACAUCAGAUAGAAAAAAAUGCAAGAAACAACAUUCUGACUAAACAUUAGGAAGAGCUUUCUGACGAUAACAGCUGUCUGACAGUGGAACAAACUACCUUGGAAAGCAGCAAACCUUCUUCAUUGGGUGUUUUUUAUAUAUAUAAAGGUUGGCUGUCCAUCUGUCAUGGAUGUUUCAGCUGUGAUCCCUGCAUUGCAGGGGUGGGACUAGAUGACCCUUGGGGUCCCUUCCAACUUCCCAGUUCUAUGUCUCAGUGAAAGACAGUGAACAUCCAAUGGUCAACAGUCUCAUGUAUUGCACUCUCAUUCUGCCUUAGCCGCUUGUUGCAUGAAGAACAGGAAGGAAAAUGUGGCAAGCAUUUCUACAAUCCUGGGAACCAACUCCUAGGGCCUGAGGUCCCUUCGACUCUCCCCGAUAAAAUAUUUGAGGGGGCCACUCCCCCCAAGUUGAUGGGCAUUGUCAUUCAACUGAGGUGUGUGCAUCAAUUAUGUGGAGCAGGCCUUACCUGCCCCCCCCCAAUAUUUUAGUCAAGUUGGCCCCCCUGUCUACAAUGGUCAUUUCCAAUCAAAUACAAGCUCAAAAGCUAGCUUGAAAAAGCUGCUGUCUUUUGAAAACAGCAACAGAAAAUGCCAAAUAGCAAAACUCUGGCAGAUUGUUUUCGGAUUGCAAAGAAAAGCCCCAGGUCCAUCUCCUCAGCCCAGCCACACUUGGCUUAUCACUAAUCUUGUUUCUUUCUCACUGAAUGUAUGGUUUUCCCAGCCUCCUUCUCCAGAAUCUUUUCUGCUGUGAGCAUGCAAUUUGCAGCCUUGGGUAAAAAAGCACCUGAAGUUAGAGGCAAGGAUUCUCCGGAUCUUGUUUUGUGUAGUUUCAUUGUGGCUUUCUUUUGUGGUGUCUUAUGAUCCUGUCCUUUUGUGCCAUUCCUCUGUUUAUCAGAAGCCAUAUGUCUCAUCCCACGGCUGAGUGUUGGGAGAGGGCAAUUUGUCUAUGGAAUGAAAUCUGUGGUGUGCAUUUUAAUUUCUUCCCUCUGCGCUGAAUACUAAUUCCCAUGAUGUCACACAAAUGACAUUGAGCGGUGCUAGGAGGCAGCCCGGCCUGUCUGUGCCAAGCUGCAGUUGCCUUUCCCAGCUACACCACAGCUGCACUCCCUCCUCCCCUGAAGGAAUGACCUAUAUUUGGUGCUUUGAAUUUUUGUCCUCUUCUGGGGCCAACUGCAGCCUGAGCAGAAGGAAGAAUCGCAGAAAAGUGGCAUUUCCUUCUCCUUUGACACAAUGCACAUAAUCCUGGCAUGCUGUGAUGUUGCAACAUGUGCCCCACUGUUACCCAUUUCAAAAUGACCAAUGCCAUGAGGGGAAGAUCUACAGAAGCUGCUUCUCGUGUUUGUUUUUAAUGCUACAGCAGAUCUUGCAUGGGGUGUCUACCAUUCGUCCGCUGGGUACUUUCUUUUGUGGCGACAGUGCGAAGCAUGAUGAAUUUCAGAAAUGGACAUGCUCAGAUUAUAAAUUAGCUGGAAGCCAAUUCAAGUCACAUGGCAACUGUGCUCCCAGCAGUCAGGUUCUGGAUUCUCACCUCUUGACCACCCAGUUGGUUUUUACUGCAAGCCUGGUAAACUGAGCUCUGGAUUUCAAGGGCUUUAUCAAGGCUGUAGUAUCAAGGACCCCACGGGCAAAUCCUGACCCACUAGGCCCUGGAAAGUCCUAGCCUCCGUGCUUGCUCUGCCAUCUAAGCAAGUGCUCUCUUGGAUGGUGACAUUGACUCAGUGUCUCCUGCCUUUCCCUGGUGGGUUCUUUGGAUCUCGGGCCCAGCCUGGCUUUGACUGAAAAUCUGCUUCUGGCUCAUUUUGACUGAUAACCCUCUCUGGAGAGCCAGCGUGGUGUAGUGGUUAAGAGAGGUGGACUCGUAAUCUGGUGAACCGGGUUCGCUUCCCCACUCCUCCACAUGCAGCUGCUGGGUGACCUUGGGCUAGUCACACUUGAAGUCUCUCAGCCCCACUCACCUCACAGAGUGUUUGUUGUGGGGGAGGAAGGGAAAGGAGAAUGUUAGCCGCUUUGAGACUCCUUGGGGUAGUGAUAAAGCGGGAUAUCAAAUCCAAACUCUUCUUCUUCUUCUUCUCCCCUGGGUCCUGCACCUGUAACAUGGAGCUAGUUAUACUAGAGGUUAAUUUUUUACAAUGUAGUGCAGAUCUGGGAGACUGCUGGCCUUCCAGAUGUUGUUAGACUCAACAAUGCCACCAGCCCCAGCCAGCAACAUCUGGAGGGCAAAAGGUUCACUGAGCCCUGGCACAGUGAGUGACGCACUCCCAGACACAAGAGUUCACCAGUAAACAAAAGCAGAACUGGCUAAAGAGCAGGCCCAGAUGUUUCUAAAGGCUGUCAGCACAUUGUUCUCGAAGUUCAAAAAAAUGUUCAGACCUGACAAGCUGCAAGGGGGAGAUUCUCUCUCUCUCUCUCUCUCUCUCUCUCUCUCUCUCUCUCUCAAUAAAUGAUCUCCUGUAUCUUUAACAGGCACAGAAAAUCAGUAGGUGCGGCCUUGCCCAUCAGUGGGUUGUCAGAGGCACAGCUUUCUAGGCUUGGCUCCAUGCGAAAUUCCAGUCCCUGUCCAAGCACUUUUUUUGCCUCGCUGCUUUCCCCAGGAAAACCUGCUCUUUGAUGCUGAAUUGCGGCACAUGGUGAUCCAGGUUUUCAGCAAUGAAGAAAGGGUUUUUGCAGGAAAGCACCAGGGCAAAAACCAAACCAAGCAAAAACCCACCCACACUCAGACAUGGAGCUGUAAAGCCUGAACCUGUGAAAGGAAAAGCAUGAAAGGAAACCUGGAUGAGCCGUCAGAGUGAUUUUUGGAAGAUGUAGCCCUACAUAUAAGUGGAGCUUAGACCAGCAAGUUAGAUAACAAACUUGUUCAUUUGUAUAUUUGGGUGUUUUUCCAGUGAAUCUGUUUCAUGGAAAUGGCAUAUUAUUUAUUUUAUUUCAUAAAAACAUAUACAUCGCUUGAUUCUAAAACCUCAUAGCAGUUUACAAAGCUAAAGCUGUAAAAUCAAGAAAAAAUCACAACCCAAACCUAAUUUAAAGCAUACCAAAGUUACAAUACUAAAACAGAUUAAAGUUAUUUCAACUUUCUAAGCAUCUGGGUAAAGGUAAAGGGACCCCUGACCAUUAGGUCCAGUCGUGAAUGACUCUGGGGUUGCGGAGCUCAUCUCGCUUUAUUGGCUGAGGGAGCCAGCGUACAGCUUCUGGGUCAUGUGGCCAGCAUGACUAAGCCGUUUCUGGCGAACCAGAGCAGCGUACAGAAACGCUGUUUACCUUCCCACUGGAGUGGUACCUAUUUAUCUACUUGCACUUUGACGUGUUUUCGUAUUGCUAGGUUGGCAGGAGCAGGGACCAAACAACGGGAGCUCACCCCAUCGCGGGGAUUUGAACCGCCAACCUUCUGAUCGGCAAGCCCUAGGCUCUGUGGUUUAGUCCACAGCACCACCCGCAUCCCCAAGCAUCUGGGUAGGCUUCUCUAAGCAGGAGUAUUUUGGGCAGACACCAGAAACAGUACUGUGUAGCUGACUGCUAGAUCUCAAUAGGCAGGGAGUUCCAAAGUGCAGGUGCUGCCACACUAAAUGCCAUUUAGUGUAAACUUACUGAACCUCAAAGCUAUUAUUUGCCUCACCAAAGAAAUCUUACAGAUUCAGAAUUUCAUCAUUAGGUAAAUCGCAACCUGGGGUGAAUUCAAUAAGGAAAAUGAGAAUGAGUUAAACACUCCUUCCCCUGCUUCAUGGUCCUGAUUCAAAUCAUGUUUCUACUACAGUUUUUUUUCCUUAAAAAAACAACAACAACUGAGACCCCUCUGCUGCGUCUCAUACAGUCUGGUCCUUGGGAUGAUUGUGAACCAGCAAUCUUCUUAAUUUCCAUGUGGGGGGAUCUAGAGGGAGAACUGAGGCAGGAAUAAUCAUCAGCAUAAGAAAUAAUUAAUUUAACAAACAUACUAUUAGAUACCCAAAGUUGUCAGCUUGGAAGUCUUUUAACUUGAGCUCAUUUUGCCAAGUGGACAGUGUCUCCGUUUAUUAGGUUCCCUGCCAGGGGGGAUGUCAGAUCUGCUCAUGUGGGCACGGAGCUUUUCUCGGCUCAUUUCUGCAGAGACUGUGAUGACUUCAGCUCUCUCAUUUCCUAUUAUGUCUUCUUUGCUUUUCAGAAUGAGAGCACCCUUUCUUUGUGCCUUCCCAUAGGUAUGUCUACAUAAAAGGGCUAUUUUGUUUUUGUCUUUCGCUUGCUGUGUAUAGAGAUUUACUUAGUUCUCCAAGAAUGCUUUUUUUAUAUAAAAAAAAGGAAACAACAAAUAAUAUGCAUUCAUGACAUGAGCGCACAGCAGUUGAAUUGGUUUUUCUUGCCUCAGCUGUGCCUAGGAGGGGAUGUGACAUUAUUGAAGUCUGGUCUUUGAGGCUGAUGUGUUCUGAUGGCUUGUUCACUGGGACAUUAAAAUCAUUGCCUCUGUCUGUGUGAAAUACACAGCAAGGAGAGGGAUGGGAACACAGGUCAGAAAAGGAUUGUUUGCCCUCCUUUUGUGGUAUAGGAUGUCACACAGAGAGCUCGGCGUGCCUCCUCUUCCAAUGUCACCCCUUCUAGUGAGCUAAAAGACUAUGGCAAAAUUGGACUAUUUGUAUUUGGCGAUUCAGUGACAAGGAUCCAAAGAGUUCCUUUAGGAACACCCAAGGGCUGGUGCAAGCCCAGUGGGAUUUUGAGUCCUUUUCCUUCAACACCAGCCCGCCCUUGCUUUCACUGGCCACAAGGCAUAGCAGUGGGGCUUAAGAAACAAAAGUUCAAAGCCUCAUUGCACAUAGAAUUUCAAUUGCUGGCCAGUAUCUUCUUGAUGCAUAAACAGUGUUUCACAGCCAUGCUGAGACUAAAGAAUACAGAAUUAGAGCAGAGACCACAACACAGACACACUGUCAAGCAUCAAAAUUGGUUGCAGGAAUGAUAAAUACGUUUGUAUUGUUCAUAACUUGAUGUGCAAAACUGAAAGCUGAACAACCUCACUGUACUAGACCCCAGCAUAGGUAAAGGUAAAGGGACCCCUGACCGUUAGGUCCAGUCGCGGACGACUCUGGGGUUGCGGCGCUCAUCUCGCUUUACUGGACAAAGGAGCCGGCAUACAGCUUCCGGAUCAUGUAGCCAGCAUGACUAAGCUGCUUCUGGCGAACCAGAGCAGUGCACAGAAACGCCGUUUACCUUCCCGUCGGAGUGGUACUUAUUUAUCUACUUGCACUUUGAUGUGCUUUAAAACUGCUAGGUUGGCAGGAGCAGGGACCGAGCAACGGGAGCUCACCCCGUUGCGGGGAUUCGAACCGCCGACCUUCUGAUCGGCAAGCCCACAGCACCACUCACUGUCCUGAACCCCAGCAUACCCAGAGGUAAAUCCUGAUGGUGCUCACAGCCCCAAGAGCAACACUAGAGAGGAGGCAGACCGUCCAAAAGUUCAAAUAUCGGUCCAGGUCCAAUACAAUGAGCAAGGUCCAAAGUCAAUCCGCAGAGUCAGGUUCUGCCCUCUGCAGAAGAUCCAGGGUUGGAACACCUGGGGUCAGCCCCAAAGUCACAGUCCAGUGAGGUCCCCAAAGCAGCCAAGUUGUGCUCCAGCAGCAGAGAAAGUUGAGAAGACACAGUGCCUCUGCCUUGUUUCUCUUUUUCUUCUGCCUAAUCUUAUUUGAUGUAUCUGACUUUGUGCCAGCCGUGCAGCUAUGACCCUCACCUGCCCUGAGCCUCAUCCAGCUAAGUGACCACAAACCUCAUCCCAGAGCUAAUGAGCCCUGUGAUCUCCACCUGAUUCCCUAAUAAUAAUAAUAAAUUUUAUUUAUACCCCGCCCUCCCUGGCCACAGCCAGGCUCAGGGCGGCUAAAAUCACAGUAAAAACAUAAUAGGGGGAAAAGCGGGGGACCCCAAUUUAAAAUACAGGUUAAAAUGCAAUUUAAAAUGCAGCCUCAUUUUAAAUUAGCUGAUAAAUCAAGACCAUAAGAGGAGGGAAACAUAAGACCGAGUCCAAUCCAAAGGCCAGGCAGAACAGCUCUGUCUUGCAGGCCCUGCAGAAAGAUGUCAAGUCCCGCAGGGCCCUGGUCUCUUGUGACAGAGCGUUCCGCCACGUUGGGGCCAGUGCUGAAAAGGCCCUGGCCCUAGUUGAAACCAAUCUAACCUCCUUGAGGCUCGGGACCUCCAAAGUGUUCUUAUUUGUGGACCUCAAGGUCCUCCGCUGGGCUGGGUUUCCUUGCCUGCCUCAGUCUCCUGGAUGCACUUAUUGCUGUUCCCAGCUCCUCAGAGAUUGCCGUGUCCCUGGAGAUGGGGGCACCUCUGGUUCUAGUGAUGUGUCCCCCUCCCCAGGCUCCCCUGGUCCCUGCAGCAGCCUCUCAUGUCCUGUAAGUACCUCCUAAGUCCCCAACCUCCCCUUCCCUCUCUUCAGCUUAUCCUGAUAUGUACCAAUCACAGCUACACCCCUCACCAGCAUCCUUCUCCCUUUCCUUGGUGUCCUCCCAGCUCAGGACACUCAAUUUCACUGUUGAUCUAUUGUUUUUGAAGUGGAACUUGGAUCCCAAAGCUGGCAGAAUCAAAUUCAGAGGGAAUUUCCAAGUAUCUGGAAUCACUUAUGCAGCUAAUUCCCAUUAGCUAUACACAAAGGUUCUGUUCACGUAAGACAUACAUUGUGUGCCACAGAUAUAGACUGUCUCAGUUUGGGUACCAACUAUAUAAUGCAGAGUGGACAGUACUGUCAAAGAUGCAUACAGAGAGAUUUGUGUUAACAAUCAAAUUACAAAACUAGUACAGAAUAACAUGCUGCCACUGUUGGUUCCUCCAGAGCAGAAGGUCCAUAUCACAAUGAAAGAUGACUACCUUUUUUUUACUCUUUGUACAUAACAUGCCAGUCCCAAGACAACCGUCGUAAAAAGGGUUUUCCAGUAAUUAGACUCAGCCAAUGCCUCCAUCAAAUUCUGCCUUGGCAGCAGUGCCAAGGUUUGAAAUGCUCAUCUGCUGUAUUUUGUUAGCUGGCAGCCUCCCUCCUCCUUUCUUUCAGAAUUCUGAAAAUAAUUCUGUAGCAUCUUAUCCUAUGGCAAUCAGCACUUCUCCUAAAUUUUCCAGUUUAUCUCUAUAAGAAGAUAAGAUAAUCUUAAUCCUCGACAUUUUCUCUCCUUGUCUCGUGAAGUGCAGAGUAUCUUCAUUUUGCCAGGGACUGAAGCUGAGUUAGCUCAAGGCAACCUAUUAUCCAAAUAACUGACAACCACAUAUAUGGAGCCAGAUCCACAAUGCUCUACUGCUUGAACCACAGUAUCUCCGACCUAGUUAAUUUCUCCAAAAGAUGAGGUUUUUAUGCAGCAAAGUAUCAGUGACAAAUGUCUUCCCGUCUUUCAUUGAAUAAGGGGGCUAGAGGCCCAUUAAGUCCGGCCCUUGCCCCAAGGUAGCUUCUUCCAUACAUCAGUCUCCUAAAGCUCUAAUUCAAGUCUCCAGGCAGGCCAGGAGCAGCAGCCAAAUAAGUGUGCCAUACCAGGAAAGACAAGGAAAUGUCCCAUAUGCAAGAUACAGUCAGUGGGGAAUUCACAGAAUACAGGCAAAUGCUGCACUUUUACAUUCAGUGAGAUAAAUAAAUAGAUAUGGCUGUGGUUCCUGCAGGGUUUUAUUUUGUACAACCAACAAAAUCAGAGAGAUCUUGUAUCUGAGUGUAGAUUUAAAGUAGUUCAAGAGGGCGGGGAUCACAACUUGCUCCCAGAGAUUUAAUGUAUAUAAAGUGACAGACUGUUCAUAAAGCCCACUUUCUGAUUUUGGCAGGAGGCGGCGUUGCAUUAUCUACAUGAGAGAGAUAAACAAUGAGCUGUGUUAGUUUAAUAUCUCCAGUAUGAAAGAAAUCAAUGGACUCAGUGAAGUCCAACCUGAAUGAAAUCAAAUUUGCUAAUAAAUUCUAGUUCAGCAAUUUUAGAGUUCUUUUUCUUCUUCCUCAAAGUUAGGAGCAAAGUGGCCAGGGACAUGGAAAGUUUCUCUUACAGCAAAGCUUUUCUGAAUGCUGCUGGUUUUUUAAUAUUAGAUUUUCUGUUCAUAUAUUUUCUGUCCAUACAUAUUUCUGACAAAAUAUUAAUAGCAGCAGUGUAGUGAUGUAGAAAGCGUAUCACAGGAUUUGCCCCCAAAUGGUCUGAUCUCAUCUUUUCUUUUAUUGCCUAGCAAGACCAGAUUGUUUAGUUUGGCCAAUAACUCACAUAUAGUAACGCUUUGUUCCUUUCAUCCGUGAAACUAGGCAAACUGCAAAAAGACACAGUGAUGUUUUCAGCCCACCAUGCAUGGCACACCUGACUUUCUUUCAGAUUGUAUUUUAGAUGAAUUCCACUGUGCGAUGGAUGUGUAAUGAAUGAAAAAGGAAAAUGAAUAUAUAUAUAUAUAUAUAUAUCUAUAUAUAUAUAUAUAUAUAUAUAUCUAUCUCAACUGACUUCUGAUUCUCCCACCUUGGUAUUAUCGUUUGAAGCAGGUCUGCAACAAUCUACCAGUGCAGGGUUUCACAUAGUAGCAAAUAUCUGAAAAGAUGACCCAAACAUAAUGUUCUAAAUUUAAAGGUUCUAUAGCCUUUCACGGCAUGGAAUAUUCUUGUAUUCCUUUUGCAUCCGGUUCUAGCAUAAUCAGAUACAGCAUUAUUUCUCAGCAAUUAUAAUAUUGCAAACCCAUCUGCAGUGUUGCCCCACUCCUACCCCAGGGAACAGAGGCCUCGACAAUGAUAGGUGGGACACACUGCACAAGACAGCGUCCUGGGAUUUAAAACUGGCCACACCUUUUCUUGACUGCAGUUGUAGGCAAGCUUUGUCUCAGGCACUGGGUUUAGCUGUCAGAUGGAGGGCCGGCACUUCCCCAGGGUUGUGCCUGGGAUUAGGGGGCCUCCUCAAGAUGCAGUUCCAUGUAGGUGGUCCCCCGAGGCAACAGCCCAUCUGCCCCCCCCCCCGCUUGGCUUCUGGACAGAGACUCCCCUCUAACCGGGUACCCUGCAAUCACACCGGUUCAGGAUGGGCAAUGCACCAGUUUACCCCGACCCGAUAUUAGACUAAGGAUUCCACCCAAUGGAAUCUCUUAUCUGCCCAAACUUGUUGCCAGUGGCAGAGGAAGGGGAGUGCGGUGGGGCGAUCCGCCUUGGGUGUCAUCCCUGGAGGGGUGACAUUCGGAGCGCUGCCCACCCGUGACUCCCAAGCUUACCCCAAGCUGUCGGGGGAAGCGGGGAGCUGCGCCACUUUGCCGGUGGCAUCCCCCCCUUCCCCCUUCAUUUUGACAGCUGGGAGGAGGCUUGGGAGUCGCGGGCGGGCGGUGCGCCAAAUGUCUGCCGUCGGUGGCUCGCUCCGCCUUCGUGGGCGGCUUGCUCUGCCCUGGACAGCGCGGGCAUCUGCUCCACCGCGGACUGUUGCUUAUGAGGAAGACAAAACCUCCAAAUGGGGCCAAUCUGUCUGCAGGUAAAUUCAUUCCUGGCUCUGAAUACAGCAACCAUUAAUGAACCAUCACAAGGUCUGUUAUGCAGUGCAGGGAAGAAAAGGUUAGCAUGCAAAAUAACCACAGCAUGAAGGGAGGGACGGAGAAUUGUUUUUCUGCUGUCUGCGACCCCAAAUUCAGGUGCACCCGACCUAUAUAGCUGGGCCCUCUGGCCACUGAUUGGCUGAUUCAAAACUUGGGGGGGUGGCCAUGCUGCCCUCCUUUGUGGCCGACUGGGGGAAUUCCCCAGCCGCUGGCCGCACAAUGGAGAAGACUUUUGGAGAGGCCUCCGUGGAGUUGAGGGCCUGACGCGACGAGCUACAACUGCUGUCCACCUGGAGACUGGGUAAGCGGCCAUUACAGUGCUCCCCAGUUGCUCAAGGUAUUUCUAGAUGUGGUGCAUGAGGCAUAAUUGGGGCUUUUUUCCAGCCAGAACUUGCUGGAACUCAGUUCCUGCACCUCUUAGGUGGGUGCCAUUGCCAUUCUAAGAGAACAAGGGAGGUGUUCAGGGUGAGGCAUAUUUUUAAGUGAGCUCAGUAACGCCCCCUAAUGGAAACAGUGGCGUGCUUGUGCUUUGAACCCUGGUUAAUUGUCCAGAGAGGAAGGGGAUAUAAGCAAUCCAUUGAUAACCAGUUAAUGUCUUAAUUUGACCCUUCUGCUUAAUAUGAACUUGAAGGUGAGCCAAUAGUUAAUUGUAUUGAUUUAGGAAUUAGAUUUGUUUCUGUGGUAUUGUGGCCUAGGGAAACAGAGAUCCCGGACAUUUGUUCUCAUUCUCCCCAUUGUUUGCUGCUUCCUCUUCACGCCCUUCUGAAAUAAUUAGUCAGAAAACAAUAUCCCUCCCAAUGUGGAACACGCGUCAACCUUGCUGGGGGCAAAGAGGAAAUUCAUGUGGAGGAGGACAUCUCUGACGUUUUCUGUGGCUAGUGAGAUUCAUCCUGUCUCAGUCUGCGUGGCAAUAAAAUGUCAUGAACCAUAUGCCAUAUGAUGUUUUGAAUAUGCAUUCCAAAAGGCAAGCCUAUUGCUAUUGAUUACAUAUACAGGACGCUGCAUGCUUUUCAGUCAGAAAGCCCCGAUGAACUGAAAGCAUUCCAGCAUCACAGGAUGAACCCUUCCUGACGUCCAAGAAGUCCUGCAUUUUAUUCUCAGGGUUGUAAAAUUGCAAGCCGCAACCCAGCUCCAGGAACACGGCAUUUCACCGCCUUGUAUGUAUUAUACGCGGUGGGAGGAGAAGACAGCCUUUUGCCUACUUGAUUUUUAAAAGAUCCUCAGUGUUUUACUGCAGGAGAGGAAGGGAGUGCAAGAACACAUCCAAGAAGAAGAAAAUGAUGGGGUUUUGCCGCAGGAGGGAGGACUAGUAUUGUAGUAUUUUACUAGUAUUCACUAUGAUUUUGCAGGUCUAUCUGAACACUUUUGCAGGACAGCAAGGGAGCACUCAGUGGCCAGGAGAGUAAUCAAAUGAAUUAAAAAUAAUUAUUAUUUUUUUAAAAUGCUGAAAGGCCACAAAAUGACAGACAUGGAUUGGAGAUGUAUCUCUCAUCCCCAGUUCUGUCUUUAAACUUAAAAUCAUGGAAUCAUAGACUCAAAGAGUUGGGAGGGACCCCAAGGGUCAUCUAGCCCAACCCCUGAAAUGCAGGAAUCUCAACUAAAACAUCCAAGACAGAUGGCUAUCCAACCUCUGUUUAAAAGCUCCAAAGACUAAUAUCUUCUGAGGGGGUGUGUUCCACUGUUAAACAGCUCUUACUGACAGAAAGUUUUUCCUGUUGUUUAGUUGGAAUUUCCUUUCUUGUUACAGUGGUACCUCGGGUUACAGACGCUUCAGGUUACAGACGCUUCAGGUUAUGCACUCCACUAACCCAGAAAUAGUGCUUCAGGUUAAGAACUUUGCUUCAGGAUGAAGACAGAAAUUGUGCUCUGGCGGCACGGCAGCAGCAGGAGUGGUGCUUCAGGUUAAGAACAGUUUCAGGUUAAGAACGGACCUCCGGAACGAAUUAAGUACUUAACCUGAGGUACCACUGUACUUGAAGGCAUUGGUUCAGGUCCUCCCCUCUGGGGCAGGAGGAAACAAGUUGGCUCCACCUUCCAUGGAGCAGCCCUUGAGACAUCUGAAGAUGGCUCUCAUAUCUCCUCUCAGUCUUCUCUUUCCCAGGCUAAACAUACCCAGCUCCUUCAACCAUUCCUAAUCAGGCUUGGUUUCCAGACCCUUGAUCAUCUUGGUCACCCUCCUCUGCACAUGUUCCAGCUUGUCAACAUCCUUCUUAAAUUGUGGUGCCCAGAACUGGACACAGGACUCCAGGUGCGGUCUGACCAAGGCAGAAUAGAGUGGUACUAUUACUUACCUUGAUCUGGACACAUACUUCUGUUGAUGCAGCUGAGAAUAGCAUUAGCCUUUUUUGCUGCUGCAUCACACUGUUGACUUGUGCUAAGCUUGUUGUCCCCUAGAUCCUUUUCACGUGUACUACUGGUAAGCCAGGUGUCCCCCAUCUUAUAUUUGUACAGCUGCAGUACUUUACACUUGUCCCUAUUGGAGUUUAUUUUGUUAGCUUGUGCCCGGUUCUCCAAUCUGUUAAGGUAAUUUUGAAUCCCAAUUCUGUCUUCUGCAGCAUGAGCUACCCCUACCAGUUUGGUGUCAUCUGAAAAUUUGAUGAGCAUCCCCUCAAUUGCUUCAUUUAUAAAGAUGUUGAACAACAAUGGGCCCAGGACAAAACCCUGCAGCACCCCACUUAUCACUUUUUCCCAGUAUGAUGAGAAACCAUUAAUGAAUACGCUUUGGGUUCAGUCAGUCAAACCCGCCUAACAGUUACCGUAUUUUUUGCUCUAUAAGACUCACUUUUUCCCUCCUAAAAAGUAAGGGGAAAUGUGUGUGCGUCUUAUGGAGUGAAUGCAGGCUGCGCAGCUAUCCCAGAAGCCAGAACAGCAAGAGAGAUUGCUGCUUUCACUGCGCAGCAAUCCCUCUUGCUGUUCUGGCUUCUGAGAUUCAGAAUAUUUUUUUUCUUGUUUUCCUCCUCCAAAAACUAGGUGCGUCUUGUGGUCUGGUGCGUCUUAUAGAGCGAAAAAUACGGUACCUCAUCCAACCCCCAUUUCACCAGCUUCCUCACAAGAAUAUCAUGGGGGACUUUGUCAAAAUCUUACUGAAAUCAAGAUACACUAUGUUCACACCAUUCCCCUGAUCCACCAAGCUUGUAACUCCAUCAAAAAAAGAAAUGAGAUUUGUCUGGCAUCACUUAUUUUUGAGAAACCCAUGCUGGGUCUUAGUAAACACAGCAUCAUUUUAUAAGUGCUCACAGGUAGACUGUUACAUGCACCCCACCUUUCUUUCUUCUUGAAACUGUCUGCAUUUGGGCCUUCAACAUUUCACCUUUAAGGACCUUACUUUUUUUUUUUACAGCGUUUGAGUUCCACCAGAUAACAGGGAAGUUGAAGUCUGCUGUGAGUACUAUAUCUCUCUUUUUUGAAUGUUUGGUAAUCUGCUCUAGGAAGGCAUCAUCCAAGUCUUCAGUCUGGCUUGGAGGUCUAUAGCAGACACAGUAAGGUCACUGUUGUUUCUCUCUCCAACAGUUUUUACCCAUAUACUGCUUUCAAUGCUCCAGGUCAUGGAUUCUUCACAAGUGUACAUCUCCUUUACAUAUAAUACUCCUCCUGAUCUCUUCCUGUCUGGUUUAUUCCUUUUGAGCAAGUUAUACCCCUCAAUUCCUACAUUCCAGUCAUGAUUCUUAUCCCACCAGAUUUCAGUAAUGCCUACCAAGUCAUAUUUGCCACCCUGUAUUAAAAGCUCCAAUUUGUCUUUCUUGUUUCCCAUGCUCAGUGCAUUUGUGUAGAGACAACUGAAACCAUGAGUCAUUCUCUCCAGCUGCUUCUUCCUUGUAGUUACUAGUGUCAAUAAGCAUAUGAAUGGGAUAUAAUAAAGUCCUUCACCAAAGAUUCCUGAGUAAGAUUACGAGAUAAAACGAAUUGCGUGCCCAGGCAGAGAUUCGCCCCCACACCCGACCCCAGACGACACCCGGGUGGAAUAAUGACUUGUGACAAUGUGUUACGGGAUUAAAAUUGGCCACAACUUUAUUAAACUUUCAGAUGUAGGAAGACCUUGGCUUAGGCAUUGGGUGUUUAUCCCUCCCAGUCCCCAGCUGGGGAUCUGGGGCACAUCAGGGUUAACUACUCUGUCUGGGCAUUGGGCUGGCUCUGGAAGACGUAUGUUUGAGCAGAGAGCACACACCCCCAUUUCACCGCAACACAGGGGAGUGCACUGACAACCUUUUAGUGUAUGGCCAGUGACUCCCCUCAACAUAGCCCCUUUAACGGGCAACCCUGGGAUCGCCACUACAGGGGGGGGGCGUGUGUCACCGCUUCAUGCCCCCCCCCCAUUUAGGGAAGAUAGACCAAAGGAUUCCGCCCAAGGCUUGAAACUGCCAAAGUUGUGACGUUUUGCUACAGGGAAGGCGAAACCUGCCAAUGCAGGGAAAUUCCUUCCUGGUCCUUCAACAGCAACCAUCGUUAGACUGUAGCAGCGCCCACAUACCUGUAAAUAAGAAGUUAACCUGCAAUAAAAGGCCUAAAGGAAAGGAGGGUAGGGCGGGCGAAGCUCUGGAGCCGACUGAGAACUCCCAUGUAGGCUCCACCCCCUUUUAAGACCCCCUUUUAAGACCCGCUCCCCUGGCUACGCCUCCCCAGUCGCAAUUGGUUCUUUGAACUGAGGUUUGGCGGGAACCUCAAGGUUUGCAACUUGGGGACGCCGUCCAGGAGUGCUCGGCCGGGUGUCACGUAGCAUGGGGGGUGCUGCUCGCAAGGGGCGCCCUCCAUUUGAUGUGGAGAGCGGUCAUUGUAUUCUUAUCGAUCAAUAAACAGGAAUCAGAGAGUAGAAGUAAUUGGGCAGUUCUCACAAUGGAGUGCUGGAAGUAGACCCCCAAAGGAUCAGUAUUGAGACCUGUACUUUUAAACUUGCUUAUAAAUGAUCCACAGUUAACAGUGGGUAUGGGUGGGGGGCACUUGUACAUCCCAUGGGCAUGUGGUCCACCACUGUGUGAACAGGAUGCUGGACCAGCUAGGCCUUUGGUCUGAUUUGGCGGGACACUUAGGUUUAUAUGUACUCUAACCAGAGAGAGCUCCAUUCACAUGCAGAAAUUUAUUGUGGGAAGGCUUUCUCAGAGACAGUUGUGGUCCGUUUUUGAAAUGUAUCAACAGGGUCUGUUCAGUAAUUCAGAGCCUAAUGCCACUAUGUGCUUUCCAGUGGUUUUCUAAUGAACUGUGUCCCGAAGUAAAUAUUUUAAUGACCCUCCAACAUUACCUUAUUCUCUUCCUGAAUUUCACAGUGGUUUUAAUUUAAAGAGCACUUGUUUUGAUCCUCUAAUCCAGCUGGCCUGCUAUUGAGGGAGGAGAGUACAAUGAUUUUGCCAUCUUAUAUAAUUAUUUAGUUGAUUACUUGGAGCUUGGUUUAGCCAAAUGCCUUUCAAUGAAGGACAACACAGAUUCUGAGCUGGCAAGUACUGCAGUUUAUCCUUUCAGGCUCCUGACUGUGUACAAUUGAUAACCCCGCAUUGUUUCCAAGCAAGGAGUGGCAAUGGAAAAUCUCUAUUGAUUUCACAGUUCUUGUUUCUCUAGCAUAUGUGUUCUCACAUCAGCAAUUACUUUUAAUAUUUCAUAGUAUACUCAGUAGCAAGCCUGUUAAGAAAAUUAGCACUUAAUCAUUUAGAAAGAAACAUAAUUCAGUUUUCAUAUUGAAAUUCAGGAAUGUCACAUUGAAUACAAUGACCUCUUUUCAAUUAAUCUGCCAGACUGAGAAGACCUUUGCCUCUCUUAUUAACCUCUGUCCUGUUAUCAUAUUUUGAUUUUCUUUUUCACCGUGGGAGUUUGGGCACCUUUUCCUAUUGGAAAAGGAAAAGUAUGUUGUAUUGCAUGUUUCCCUAUUUGCUCUUGCAGCCAGGACAUUAAGGGUCAAAAUCUGAUUUUUAGAAAAUAUUUGUUAUGGCUCCUAGUUGAACAAAUAAAAUCAUCACUGCACUACUUAACCAUUAUCGAUAGAACUAGUGGGAAGAGCAUUGUGGCUGAGCAUAGGCAGGGAGAACAGACCUGCAGAAAGGGGGAUGUAGAAAGGGGGAUGUAUGGGACACAAUGAGAAGUGAACAGUCUCAGUUCAAGGAUUUCUGCUUGUGCAGGUGAACAAUCUCUCUCUCUCCUUGCCCUGAGACCCCUGGAAUUUCUUCUAGGAGGCCCCUUAACCCUCUCAAGCAGAUCUGGAGAUGGCACAAAUCCUCGCAGUGAUGGGUUGUGUUAGCUGGUUACCAUCCUAGGUUUCAAGCCUGAACAAUAUAAAAACCCGUUCUUGUUUCCAACCUUGCAAAAUGUUUUGAUGUAUCCUUUUGUUGCCUCAAUAAGGAAUGGCAUUUAUCUAACAAUUCCAUUCUUUACUACUCUGCCACAAAACAAAAGGAUGCAAUAUAUAUAUAUAUAUAUAUAUAUGUACAAUAUACAAUAUAUAAUAUACAAUAUACGUAUAUAUAUACGUACAAUAUACAAUAUAUAAUAUACAAUAUACGUAAUAUACAAUAUACGUACAAUAUACAAUAUACAAUAUACGUACACAUACAAUAUAUAUACAGUAUGGCUGGGACCAAGACACUUGUGCUUGAAGAAAAUCAGGGAAGGAACAGGCCAUUAUUACAUAGUUAUAGUAUGGAAUCCUGCCAUUUUGUUACAUUUGCUCUAAAAAAAUGAGUUGAUCGCUGUUUCCACAUUAGAGCGCAUCUGAAUCAGUUCUGGGAGCUCCUGGAAUGCCACACCAUCAAUGGUCCUGAUUAGGGGAGUGCCACAAUGUACUUUGGUGUUCCUGGACAUUCCUUGAGUUUCUGGCUGAUGCUUUACAUCACUCGAAUAGACUUAUUUUCAUGAAAUGAGAAAAAGAAACUGAGAAACAUUCUGGCCACCUGUAACAUGUACCAGAACCAUUUGGUUUGGGAUCCUGUUUGCACUUGGCUGAUUCUACAUUGUAGAAAUGGCUUGGGUGCCACCUGCCCAUUGCUCCACCCAUUCUGGUUAUGUCUGAACUCAGAAGAACGUGUGAGGCCCAGCGCUUAGCAGAGUCACAGAUUACAUGUUUCCAGGAUGGCUCCAAAGUACAUUCCUGCCACUUGGAUCUCUCAGGUUCAACUCGUCGAUAUUAUUGCAGUGGAGUGGAAUCACCAAGGAGAGGCAAUCUUGCUCGUGUUGAAACCGAAGAACUAGCUGCAAUGGCCCAUGGCCCUGAUCCCUCACUUGAGUGGGCUUGCUGCUCUCUGCUAUCCAGCCUCAAAGUGGGUUAAAUAGCUGUAUGCAAAACUGCAGCUUCUGCUCAUGGAGCGUAAUGAGUCCAGGAAUCAAUUCAGAUGAAAAGGUAGCUGACAUUGACAAGCAAACAAACAAAAAAUGGUCACUGUGAACAGGACAGAUAUGUACAUUGGCACAAAGUACUGUAUUUUUCGCUCUAUAAGACGCACCAGACCACAAGACGCACCUAGUUUUUGGAGGAGGAAAACAAGAAAAAAAACAACCUCAGAAGCCAGAACAACAAGAGGGAUCACUGUGCAGAGAAAGCAGUGAUCCCUCUUGCUGUUCUGGCUUCUGGGAUAGCUGCGCAGCCUGCAUUCGCUCCAUAAGACACACACACAUUUCCCCUUACUUUUUAGGAGGGAAAAAGUGAGUCUUAUAGAGCAAAAAAUACGGUAAAUAAAGGAAUCCUUUUUUUUGAAGUGGGGACGACAGCGACCUACAUCGCAUCGGUUUUCUUGGUGAAAAGCUACACUAACAUGCUACACUUGCAAUCAGAAACACAGUGAGGUGGGGGCACAUUACUAUUUAUAUUAUAGAAUAGUAAUAGUAGAAUUAUAUCAUACCUUCUGAAUUAAGAAUUUCCAACACACUGAAACAAUACAAAAACUGGCCAGUAAUAGGACUCUCAGAGCAGGAUACAAUUUUAAAAGAAACACAAUAAAAUCAUUAAAAAUGCAGCAGAACCCACAAACAUCUAGCAAAGCUGUACUGUACAGUGCCAAGAUAAGUAACAAUAAUAACUGUUUUUCCUGGUUCAGAAAAUACAUCAAGCUUACCUAUCAACAGUGUGACCAGAAAUAAUAUACUCAGUUCAUUGGUUUCAAUGCCUUGAAAUCCUUUAGGAAGCAUCCAAAAAGAAACUUCUAGAAAUAGUAACUUAGAAAUUAUACUUAGAAUGGUGUCCAUUUUCAAUCUGCAUAUAUCAUCUUUACAUUAGCAAGAUAGAUUUGCCGGAGUGGAAACAGUUAAAUAACUAGGUCACUACACUAAGCUAUAUUGAGUGGUACACAACACCAAUAGACAAGCCAUGGGAUUUAACGAGAAUUACACUGAUGUUGCACAAUUCUGAUGAAUGUGCAUAUAUUCAUCAAAAUUGUUUGUUCUCUAUCUGUUACUUAAAAUUAAACAAAAAUAGGACUCCAAAUGGUGAAGGAGUAAUAUUUGGCUAAUUGCUGGAUCCAUCUCCCCAGUCACAGGGAACUCCUGUCUGUGAAGCCUCGUGGCCUGAGGGCAACGGAUUGGCUCAGUGGCUUCUUUUUAUUUGAAAAAAAAUGUCAUCAGAAUUACGCAAACAUCACUGUUGGUUGCAUCCCAUUUCAAGGAAACCAAAGGAUUUGGGAGAAAAUAGGUCACAUGCACUUCAUCCCAUGUCACAUGAUUUCCAUCCAGAGGCCAAUGAGGGUUUAGACCUCUAUGCAUUUGAACAAGAUAACACUGUAAUUUUACCCAUUCGCAUUUUUCAUCUUUUCUCAACGUGGAAAGAGUGACCAUCUGUUUGAAACCCACAGCAAACUAAAUCAUUUCCAAAGCUGCUUUUUUAGAGGUAAGGAGAUUUAAAAUAUUGUUUUGAUGGUGUGCAACAGCCGUUCUAAAGACCCUCCAACCCAUCUCCUACCCCAGUGUGUGUUAGUGAGACGCAUAAAGACAAUGAUAGAUAGCAAGUGAGAUGAAGGAGCCCUAAAGUAUAUCAGAUCUGUAUUCAAGGGGUUGCGAUCCUCUGCACACAGACCUGGGAGGAAGCCCCACUGAACAAAAGUGGGACUUCAUUCUGAGUAAAUCUGCAUAGGAUUCCUUUGCAUGUGACGUCUCAGAAAUGGUCUUGACAGGAAAUCUAAAAGGAGCAGAAUGGAUGGAAUGUUUUCUGUUUGAAAGAAAACCAAGGGAAAACCAAUGGAUUGGGGUGUCUUUUAAGAGAAUCUCCAGACAUUGUUUUUACUCAUAUGUGUUUGUUUACUACUAUAGGCAGAAUUGCAUCAAAUACCUUGACGUAAUAGUGAUCAUCCAAUAAUACAGUAUGAUGAUUAAACUUAAAUAUGACAGAACCUACUUUCUCAAUGUGUCAUUAUGCUCUAGAAUGCUCUAGAAUACUCACAAUUUUGGUAAAAAUAAGACGUAGCAAAGAAAACAAUACAUCUUACAGUUUAGAUGGAAUCCUAUAUUUCUUUUAAUAUUUUAUUUAAUAUACAUGUAACAUUAUAUGAUCUAAUCUCUUAUUCCUUCUCUUAAAGUUAGAUUUUGUGGAGGGGGGAAUAUAAAUUAAUAUCAGUUUUAGUUUAGUCCAUAAGAGCAGUGUAAUGUAAAAUAAAACUGCAUUAGGGUUUUGAUUCCAAUUUGAUAUCUAACAUUUCUUUUAAUAUAUCAUAAAGCUACAUUAAAUAAAAUAUAAAUGUGAAAUGUGAGUUAUACAGAUCCCAAUGUUAAAUAACUUCACAGAUAUGAUAUUAAAUUUCACAAAUCCAUUGCAUGUAAUAUUUCUAUUCUGGAAUUAAUUAAUGUGCUAUAAUUAUCCUAAAAUGAAUCAUAUACCACAAAACAGAAAGCAUUUCAAUAUUCCUAAAUAAUAAUACUAUCAGAAGAAUGUCACACAAAUAAUAUUGAUCUUCAUUGUCAUACAGGUAAAAAAUGUAGUAGAAUUUCCAUGACAUUUCUAAUACGAACCUAACAUUUUAGAUUACAGUGAAAUAAAUAUUUGAAGUACAGCUCCCCAAAUUUCAUAUCAAAUGGAAAACGGUACAAGAAAUCUAAAAACAUGCAGUGCAAUUCUAAGCACGUUUACUCAGAAGUAAGUCUCGCUGAGCUCACGGGUGCUAUAAUACUGCCUUAAGAUGUUUACAAGCAUAAAAAUUUAAAGAAUUUUAUUCUGAAUUGUAAAUUGUGCUGAACAUUGCCCAUUUUUGUAAAAUUAAGAGAUGGUAUGCUUAUGAUGCAGUCCCCUCCCCAAUGAAACCAGAAACAUACACUGUAAUCCUGAGCGUAUUAACUCAGAAGUGUGUCCUAUUGAGCUCAAUGGCACUUAUUCCUAAUAAGUGUGCUUAGGAUUUAAAACCCAAGAACAAAAUGAAUAUUUGGCAAGUCUUUUAAUUAGAAAAGGCUGUGUGUGUGUCCAAAAGUGUGUAAGCACUACUGAAGAGCUGAAACCGCAUGUUUUCUGAAUUACUGGGAUGGAAAAUGGCUUCCUUAUUAUUUCUUAAUGGAAACCCAGAUAUGAAAAUUUGUUGUCUAAAUAGAAUAAAAUGUGAAAUGUGCAUCACUUUGUAGGAUGGAAUGUGUUUUUCUGCUUCCCUUUUCAUUUUCCACCGUGUAGGCAAUGACUUUAUGAAUUCACAAGAGGGAGGAUUUCCUAGAGUUAGAGAACACCUAUGAAGUAUAUUCACAUUAUAAAACUGCCAAAAAGGAGAAAUUCAUGAUUUUUGCAUUUUCUCACUGCAGAGUGUAAUUAUGUUGAUGAGGCUUCACUGAUUGUUCAGAAAAAUCAAUGUUACAACAUAUGUUCAAGAAUCAGUCAGUGCAGCCUUGAAUAAAGUUAGUGCUAAUUAUUUCUGUAAAACAAGUUUUGAUCAUUUGCUUUUGUCAGGUAUUAUAAACACAGUGUUCUGUCCAAGCCGAGGAAAAGAAAUAAGGAAUGUAAGCAUAUUGUGUGUAUAUAUGCCUGUAUGCAUACAUACGUAUAUAGAUAUAUGUGCACGAAUACUUGGACACAAAUAACAGUCCAUUUAUAUUUAGAUCAUUUUAAAAUACUGUUAAGUAUACAUGAGACUAAUUUGACAAACAAGACACAUAAGUGUCAUUUCUGGUUUCUGAAGAGGGCAUAUGGAGGAUGACAUCCAGAAAUAUAGAGAAGCCCACUCUUGAAUAUGCAAGGUUAAAAGAAACAAAAAAACACACCAUUUACUGCAUUUAUUUUCAUUUUGUACUUCUGCAACGAUAGCAUUUCUGUGCGCAUGGGACACAUGAUGUCUCCCCUACCUCCCUGUGACACACCAGUUCUCUUUCAGCAAGGAAAGUUGUGACUUUGCAUGUGUCAUGCAUUUCUAGGGUGUAGAAUGACUUAAGUGUAUGUAAAAAUAAUCACACUUUGUAGAGAACUAGUAAGUUGCUCAGAAAUAUAGGUAAGAAUCCUGAAAGGAAUAAUGCAGUGGCCUGAAAGUGGAUCUCCUCACAAGUGGCAAUUUCAGGAGGAAAUCGCCCCUCUGCACUGAGCACAGUCGACUCCGUCUGCUGAGCAGUCCAAACACAGCACGAAUGCCACUGCCUUGCUCUAGUCUUUGCAACAGCCUUGCAAGACAAACGAGAUCAUUCAGUGUGGAUUUUACCUUUUUAGCAAAAAUCUGCGUUACCCAGGAACAAAGACCACAAUCCCACACAGAAUUAAACUCACUUACAUCAAUAGGCAUUAAAGAGACUUAACUGUGCUUUGGAUUGCUCCCAUAUAAUAAGAUUCUUUUUUAAAAAACAAAACAAAACCCUUAUCUUGAUUUUAAUUCAGGCUGAGAUUUAGGUGAAGUGAAAACAGAUCUGGACUGACAGUUUUAGAGCUUGCUGUCAAGGUCAGAAUGGAGUGUGCUCAGUUUAUGAGGCUUCAGAUACUGAAGAGGAGAGAAAGAUUUCUGAGAUCCAUAAUCUCUACUGGCAAACAUUAGCAAUAAGAUCAUUUCAUGAACAAACCCAACACGAAUUAUUUAUAUAUCUUUUAAGUUCAACAUAGUUUCCUUAAACAGCAAUUCUUAUCUGGUGCAUCACUGCUGGAUGUCUGAGUUCAAUGAAGAUUGCUUCCAAGUAAAGGGCUAUAGUAUUGCAGCCCCUCUCACUUGGAUUUUGUUAUUUAGUAUCUUCCAGCCUUUACGAUCCCUUUUGUGAUAAUCUUUUGCUCGGGGUGAAAUCCUAACCCCAGCUGGUCCCCAAGGCGGCUUAAUGGAGCACUGCGUCCAUAGCCCCACGACACAAACCAAUUGGGGCAGAAAGUUGGGAGGGUGGCAGUGACCGCACUGGGCUGCCUUAGCCCCUCCCUCAAAAGGCCCCUCCGUUUCAGGAACUUCUGCUGGCUGCUACCAGUGAGGAUCCAGCUGGUGGUGCUUCUCUUUGCUCACUUGUGGAAGCUGGUAGGGUCAGGGGGAGGCCUCAACCCAAGCCAAUCGCCCCAGGCCAACGCCAAAAGUGUUUGGAUGGUGCACCUAGUUAUCGGCAUUACAGUGGUACCUCGCAAGACGAAUGCCUCGGAAGACGAAAAACUCGCAAGACGAAAGAGUUUUUCGUUUUUUGAGUUGCUUCGCAAGACGAAUUUCCCUAUGGGCUUGCUUCGCAAGACGAAAAUGUCUUGCAAGUUUGUUUCCUUUUUCUUAAAACCGCUUGAAGAGGUGCAGUUGCGACUUGACCGUGCUUCGCAAGACGAAAAAUUCGCAAGGCGAAAAAACUCGCAGAACGAAUUAAUUUCGUCUUGCGAGGCACCACUGUACCUCAAUGCAUUGCAGGUCCAAGUCUAGGUCCCUAUUCAGUCUUGAAGCUCACUGGAUGCCUCUGGAUGGGCCUAACCCUAGAAUCUGAAUGGUGGACCAUCUACAUACUGAUGAUACUGAACUCAUCCUUUCUUGAUGAGUUCAACUGCUCCCCAAGCAGUUUGCUCUGGAUGUUUAAAAGUGUGUGUGUGUUUCAGUUUGUCUUUGGUUUUUGAGUUUUUCUGCUUGGCUUUUAAUCUUUUUAUUUAAUCUGCUGCUGUUUCAAAUUGUAUAUGGAUCCACCCAGUGUUCCAGCCAUCGCUCCUUCUUCGUUCUAUCACCUUCAACUCUACAGAAAACAAAGGGGUUGACUGACUCUUCCUCAUGUCAGCCAUGCCAAUCAUCUAUCAAUUCCUCCGGUCAACCAAAUUUCAAUCCCUAUCCUGGCAACUAUACUCCUCAGACAGGGCACUGUUGAGGGUACUGCAUGCCUCAGAGGUGUGUUUAACAUGUAGUAGAAACCAGGUUUUUAUUGUUCCAGCUCCAGUCCUCUGGAAUAGGUUACCAGCUGAAAUUAGACUUGUGCCUAGACAUGUUUCGGCAUUCUUAAAGGACUAGAACUCAGGAAAGCCCAAAGAUGCCAGACUUCUAUUUUCCCAUUCUGGCUCAUCCAGUUCCUACCACUGUGCUUUUCUCAUCCACCAUCAGUGACCCUGGAGUCCAGGUUCCACCUCCAGUUAACAGAUUUCAGGUAGCAGGUGCUGGGUAUUUUGGAGAGCUCCUGCCAGCCAAAUUGGAUACCACUGGGCUAUGUGGACAAAUAAUCUGACUUCAAGAUGCGCCUAGUUUUUGGAAGAGGAAAACAAGAAAAAAAAUAUUCUGAAUCGCAGAAGCCAGAACAGCAAGAGGGAUCGCUGCGCAGUGAAAGCAGAAAUCCCUCUUGCUGUUCUGGCUUCUGUGAUAGAUGCGCAGCCUGCAUUCGCUCCAUAAGACACACACACAUUCCCCCUUACUUUUUAGGAGGGAAAAAGUGAGUCUUAUAGAGCAAAAAAUACGGUAAGCUCUUUUAAGUGUCUCAACAACGCUUUCCAAAGGAUAAGGCUUUUCUGACUGGAUAAGUUUUAUUUACAUUUAAAUGAUAUGCAAAAGAGGGGGGGUAACCAGAGAUUUCAUUAGAUCUAGACACACCCUUCUACUGAUGAAAGGAUUCUUCUGUUUGUGGAAGGAGCUCAGAUCCAGCUCGCACGCAAGGGAGAGGGGAAGGCACUGGAGGAGGAAAGAGGAAUCUGUGAAAAUCAUGCCCACCCCCUUCCACCUGUGGAGGUGUUUCAUGACCUGCUAAUUUAAACAUCUUUUAAACUGCUGACAUAAAAAAGAUAAAUAGACUUUCAUUUUAUUAUCCAUGCCGAAAGCUCACUCUAACUUUGCACAAAUAUCCAGGUCACUGGAGGGAAAUAUUCUGUAUAUACACCACCCCCUUUUGUAUAAAUAAAUGCUUUGCAUUCUGAAAUGCAGAGUCACACUAAUCUUUAUCACAUUUACAUAGAACUUGCAUUCAAAUACUGUACAUUUUUAAAAGAUUAAAAACAAACAAGGCAUGAAAUGGGGCCAUUAAGAUUGCUUUGCUCUUGGACUGAGAGGAUUUGAGGGACACGGCUAGAUCAAGAGAUUGAAAACGAAGGCCGAUUAUUUGGAAGAUAUUGCCUGUGGGAUUAAAACAAGAGCGAUGAAUGGAUUCAGGCUGAGUGAACAGAGGGAGAAUCCCAGAUGUGGAGGUCAUUGGCUCUUCUAUUCCGUUAAUACGAAAGCAGUGGCAUCGUGUCACAUAUAAGGAGAAUGACUUUAGGUACCGUUUCAGCAGAUGAAGACCUAGGAGGUGAUAAGCAGCGCAGAAUGGUUAUUCACACAGCACUUAUAAAUGGCAGAGAAGUUCCAUGAUAUAUAUUUAACUCUUAUGUCUUAAGAUAUAUAGCGGUACCUCGGGUUAAGAACUUAAUUCGUUCUGGAGGUCCGUUCUUAACCUGAAACUGUUCUUAACUUGAGGUACCACUUUAGCUAAUGGGGCCUCCUGCUGCCACUGCGCCGCCGCUGCAUGAUUUCUGUUCUCAUCCUGAAGCAAAGUUCUUAACCCGAGGUAAUAUUUCUGGGUUAGCGGAGUCUGUAACCUGAAGCAUAUGUAACCCGAGGUACCACUGUACAUGGAUACCGUAAUUGCAGAACAUUUAACAAUUCCGCAGGAGACACCUUGUACUGUACAGCAUGGGAAACCUGAGUCUCUUGAGCUUGUAUGUGACUUCCUACACCCAUGCAAACACCUUCCCUUCCUUCUUCCUGCUCUUUCAAGGAAGAACAUAAAGGAUGAGCACAGCUAGCAAACUAAGCAACUAUGAGACCAGCAAUGCAGCAGGUCUUAUUGAGUGGGGAGAGCCUCAUGGAGAGAACAAUGUCUGUCCGCAUCAAUGGUUCUAAAAACAGAUGUAACUUUAGAUUCUCAUUAAAAUCUGGGCAGUUAAUGAUGACUUAGGUUGGGAGUUAUUAUCAGCAUGGACUAGCCUACUUUCAGGCAUGCAGCUACAUGUUUGGGCUUGGAUCUGAAACUCCCUUCUGUGUGCAGAAGGUACCUUACUUUCAGAGGAGGGCUUGUUUUGUGUCUUGCAUUGCUUGAGAAAAGUAAAAUAAAAAACAAAGACAAUUUCCUAUUUGUUCAACACUUCCUACAAGCAGCUGAAUUUCUCCGUAACACUGAAGAGUACCGCACCAACUCUUCUGCUAGAGUUGAGGAAGGGUUUGCAGAACAUCAUCACUUGUGGUGGGGUUUUCCUUGUGAUCAUUCAUCCCCUGAGGUGCAAUAUGUGAAAACUGUAGGCAGGAAGAGCACCAAGUUGUCUGCAAUACAGAGACAGGAAGGUAUGUUUUGGUUCUAAAUUUAGGAUUGAAUAUCCUGGCUUUUGCUCAUUGCUUUUGCCUUCUGCUGUCUACUUAUUCACCCCCUCAUCUGGGUUUCUGUAUAUGGCACCCGGCACAAUAGGCUCAUGGUUUCAACUGAGACAGAAAUGGUAGGAAUAGUAAUGGCAAAAACUUCUGUUUUAACAAUUCUGUUUACAAGGUUUCUGUUGCAAAAACCCAGAAAAAUACAAUAACUUAAAGAACAUAUGAUUUACUGCAUACUUUAUUCAUAUUUUAUUAUUCACACACAGUUUCCAGUGGGAGGAGGGCCAAACUGGACAGUAACAAUACUUGUGAGAUGCAGGAACAAUGAAGCUAAACUAAAAAACAGAAGUGGAGGUGAUGAUUGAAAGUAGAAACCCAGCGGCAGGGAAAGACAGCUUAAAUCAUAUUAGCUUUAAGGUAGCCACUUACAAAUGCAUCACCAAAAAAGAAGACUUACAUUUGCCUAAAAUGUGCACCUGCUGAUUUAUACGUACAGUGGUACCUCUGGUUACGAACUUUAUUCAUUCCGGUCCAUUCUUAACCUGAAGCACCACUUUAGCUAAUGGGGCCUCCCGCUGCCGCCGGAGCACAAUUUCUGUUCUCAUCCUGGGACAAAGUUCUUAACCCAAGGUACUACUUCUGGGUUGGUGGAGUCUGUAACUUGAAGUGUUUGUAACCCAAGGUACCACUGUAUAGUAUAAAUCUGGAUACAAUUGUUAUAAUUUGAUCAGAAAUGCAGUGAAUAUCAUCUUACUGGGAAAGAUUGUGACAACUGACCAGUUGACCUGUGCGCCUGCCCAUGUGCUCUGUAGAUGGGCAGAUUCCAGGACCCGAUUCAGGGCCAGGCAGUCCAUCGACAGGAGGGUGCCUCUCCAAUAAAGGACUGUCCUCUGAGUCUCUUGCAGACCUUUGCCUUCAAUGGACAGAAAUUCUCUGUAAAGUAGGACACAUGGACACUGACUGCGUCCAAUCACUCUUUCCUAACUCAAAAGCAUACCCCCCCCCCCCGCUUUCUCACUUGUGCAGAAAGAUACGUCUUCUGUCCCGGGGGGGGCUGGGAGCAGUAUCUUGAAGACAAUUUUGAGACAAAAGGUGGUGGAGAAAAAGGUUAAACAACCUCUCACACUCAAUCCGCCAACCAAUAUUUUUAAGUCAAGAAACUUAAAGGAUAACAUAUAGUUUUGACUGCAGAUUCUGUUCACAGCCAAUUUUAGAUUAUACAAAGCCAUUGAAAACAAUGGGGUCAAGAAGUGUCCCCAAGUCUGUUGAGCUGUGAAUGUUGUCUGUCUUCCCUUGUUCAGGUGAAAGAGGACCUGGCUGCAGUCAUCUUCCUAUACCGGCACAAUAGGAGGUCUGUGGUUUUCUUAGCCUCUGGACCCUACAAGUUGUUGAGGGUUGCUAGGAAGUAUUUUCGAGUCUUUGUUCUUUUCUAUGAGCUCCCCAUUUGUAUAUACAGUACCAACAUUGCCAUGGAAAACUUUGUUACAUUGCAGUUUGGUAUCUCACUUCAGGACAGAGCAUCAAAACUGAAUGACUGGUUGGAGCAGUCUGCUACUGUUUCAAAUGAUGGAGGAAAUAUGGAGCCAGCCUUAUAUUGACCCCAUUCUGGGGUGUGUGUGUGUGUGUGUGUGUGUGUGUGUGUGUGUCUGUCUUUGUAGCUACACCUGGAGAGUCUUGCCAUGCUGUGAAGCUGUUAAAAACACCAGCACAAUAGCUGGCAAAGCUAAAAUAUUGUUGUACAUGAAUGUGUUGUGUGAGUAAAAAUGCAAAUUUAUGCUUGAAUUGCAUAGAGUUAAUUUAGCUUCCUAGUGCAUGGACGGUGAGCAGACACAGUUCAAUGGAGGUUUCCUUUUCCACUGGACCUGACAAUAAUUGGUCAGAUUAAAAGGCUGGGAUUUUAGCUUCAGUGAGAAAGAGCAAAAGCACUAAACAGGCAGAGGCACCUGUGGUGGUGGUGGGGUUUCUGGUAGGCAUGCUGCAGCCAUGGCACAUUGGGUAGUUUGGUUACGUAUAAAGUAAAUAUCGUAUAAAGCAUAGCCUGCCUUUAUGACAUUCUAGACACUAAGACAGUUACAAAAAUGGUGAAAGAACUGUAGCAAAACUCUAGCACAUUCAACAUUAAGCCUUACCAUUCUCUCUCUAAAUUAGGCUGCUUUCAAAUAUAUAAACAUUACCAGUUUUUAAAAUUAGCAUAAACUUUAAAACUUAAUGUUGCAAAUCAUCUCUACGCAUGAAAACACUAUAUAGAACACGUGACAUAAAAUAUUGAAUAGAAUAAUGCAAAAUGUUAUAACCGCACAGCAGCAAAAAGGUCCCUAGGCAAUCAAAAAUCCUUGCAGUGUUGCUCGCUGGUGAGCGUGGGGUUUCUGAACACAGUUGGUGGUUCUUCUGCAUCUGUAACAGUGACACGUGGUAAAGAGUUGCUCUUUAAGGUAUGCAAAAAGAGGCAUGGUCCAAAGUCAAAGCAAAAUGAGAGGCACCUGUCUAACAGUGCGGGGAAACAAUUUUUUGCAUGCCCAAAGUCAAAUACAUAUUCAUGCUAAUCUUUCUCAAGAAUGAUAGAUUUGUGUAAAUAUUUUCUUUAAUUAAAAAGACACUUUCAUAAAAUAUCACCCUGAUUACAAAAGGAAGAAAAAAAGCAAUCCAGGGUAGUCCCAGUCUAGUUUUUGUGGUGCAAUUUGCUGCACUUCCAUCAUUAAGGCUAGCAGGGUAGUCAUGCUGAAGACAUGGUGCCUGUCGUUUGUUUGUUGCUUUAAAUGAAAAAGCAGAGCUGUCAAUAAUUUAAUAGGAAACUAAACCAGUUUAUGCCAUGGCAAGUUCUUGCUGGGGAUAACAUUCAUCAGGCUCCUCCCCUUCUGCUUUAAAGAGCUUGUAGACAUGGGCGCACCCACACAGGAGAAAUAUAAAGAUGGGUACUUAGCUUCUAAGGAACCAAAAACAAAACAAAUUGUUUCUGCUAAAUAUUCACAAAAUAGUGGAAAAUAUGGGGACAAUGUGCUACCUUUCAUGAAUGAUGUAAAUAGAAGAAUUUAGAUGUUUUUUCUAUAUUCUUGUACAACCACUUUCUCCCCAGUUCUGCAUACUGCAAGAGAUGACCCAUAAGUUGUAAGAAACCGUAUUUCCUCAGUGCCACAAAGGAAACCCUGCACUUAAUGAAAAAUAUUUGCUUCCUUCAUAAUAACUUGCAAUGAAAUAGCCAUCUCAAAGACCUGUAGUUAGCUCCCCACCCCACCCCUGUAUUUUCUACCCCUUCUUUUCUCUUAGAUCUACAACCUUGCCUGGGUUAGUGAGAAAAAGCUAUUGCAGGGAUAUCUGUUGGAAGGAUUAAUGGGGAGAUGGGGUGGGCUUGUUUGAUGCCCUAUCCCCCUACUUCCAUCAGGAUUUGCUCAUGAGCAUGUUCAAGGGCAAUGGCGCAUGCGCAGUACAACAAAAUGAAGGCUGGGUUUGUUUUUUGCCCAUAUUCCCUAUCCAAUUUCUAUUCAAAAGGUAGACAAGAUAAAUCAAAAUUCUGUAAAUCUGAGGAUCAGAUUCUGAUAUAUGUCAUUUAGAACCUACGUAAGCCUGAAAUACAAAGAAGGAAAGGCAAAGGUUGUGUUUAUUAAGGCAAAUCCGCAGUGGUGCAGAAUGCUUAGAAACCUGGCUAGAAAAGAGUGUGCUUUCCCUCUCCCUUUGUAGUCAGUGCCCUGAGCGUGGCUCUUCUGCCAAAUCAGCAGCAGGAAUUGGCUCGUGUCAUGCAUGUGAUUGGACUCAUCCAAAGAGAAAGGAAGGCAACUUUAAACCUGCAGCUGUGGGAACCGAGAGGAUUUUUCUGAGCCUGGUACGGUUUGUGGGGGAGCGAAGGGGUUAAGAAGUAUGGAUGGCAAACACAGUGAUGUUACUGCAGAGAAUCUUUGUUCUCUCCCUGUGAGCCACCUUGCCCUGUAAUGCAGGAAAUGCACAGCAUGGCUAUAGCAAGUCACUUUGUACAUGCUUUUGAUCUGGUGUGCCUGUGGACACAUGAUUGGGAUUGGAAGUCACAGGGAACACACUUGCUCUCACAGAAGAUGUACAAUUCUGACAUUUCCCCUCUAGGGAUUAGGGAAUUUGAUGGCCUGGACAUUGGAAAUCAUUAUGCUGGUAUUAAAAUAGGGCAGGCUGCUGAAAAAUGAUGUUUAUGGGCCACCUGAAAACAUUACUGUUAAGGAAAAUAUGGUAAAGGAAAAUAAUGCACACUGACUGUGUGGGACUAUGACAGGCCCAAGGUCACCCAGUGAGUUUCAUGGCUGACCGGGGAUUUGAACACUGGUCUCUUACAUCCUAGUUUACUAGUCUACUACACUAGUCACCACAAGGUGAACUAGGUGCAGGCUUCUACCAUAAUAAAUGGAUUAGUCUUUAAGUUGCACAAGACUCUCUUGUUUUUUCUGCAAGAGACUAAUGCAGCUACUCCUUUCAAAAUUGUUAUCAAGGAAAUGUAGCACUAAAAAUCUCAGGUUUGAUAUUUUAUUGUCUUUGAAAGAGAAUCUGAAGUUUCAACUUCACCAAAAGCAACAUGUAUUUAGGUUAACCCAUUUCAAAAGCAUGGAAAGAGCUCAGUAAUGGGGAAAACUGCCCUCGGCUAUACAUGAAGUAGCUGUUUAAUGGAGAUUUUAAAGCUCAGGCUGAAGAAGCGUUUGCCAUUGAUGCUUCUCCUACCAGCAGGUUGAACUAUAUUGCUGAGAGGGGGCCAUGCUGGCUUGAAAUUCCACUAAAUAAGCUUACUAAAUGCCCACAAGUUAUUCCAAAUUGCAGUGCUGAAGCUAUCCUAAGAGUUAUUCCUGUAUGUACAUUGUUAUUGCAGGGGGGCAGCAAUUAGUCAGGUUUAGCUUCCUUUGGAAGGAGCUCACAGAAGGCUUAUGGCAUCUGUAGUAUUUCAGUUUAUUUACAAAUAUACAAACACAGCUUAAACUCUGCAGCCCAAGACAGGAAAAAAGGUAGUACGGCAACACCUGGCUACUUUAAAUAAAUUCAAAUCUCCAGGGGCUGGUAAGCCGCACCCAAGGGUACAAAAGAAGCUUGCGGAUGUAAUCUCAGAACCUUUGCCCAUGAUCUUUGAGAAUUCUUGGAGAACAAGUGAGGUCCCUACAGACUGGAGGCGAGCAAAUGUUGCCCCCAUCUUCAAACGGGGGGGGGGGGGGGGGAGAGACCUAGGUAACUUACUGACCGGUGAGCUUGACAUUGAUACCAGGGAACAUACUAGAACAGACAACUCAACAGUCGGUCUGUGAGCAUUUAGAAAAAGUUGCUGUGAUUACUAAGAGCUAGCAUGGGUUUCUCAAAAAGAAGUCAAUCAAACAAACAAGUCAUGCCAGAUAUCCAUCCAUCCAUCUCUCUCUCUCUCUCUCUCUCUCUCUGUCUCUCUCUAUCUCCUUUCUUUCUCUCUCUCUCUCUCUCUUGGAUGGAGUUACAAGCUUGGUGGAUCAGGGGAAUGCUGUGGACAUAGUGUAUCUUGAUUUCAGUAAGGUUUUUUUUUUACAAAGUCCCCCAUUAUAUUCAUACAAGGAAGCUGGUAAAAUGUGGGUUGAAUGGGCAACUGUUAGGUGGAUUUGUAGCUGGUUGACUGAACAAACCCAAAGAAUGCUCCUUAAUGGUUCCUUGCCAUCAUGGGAAAAAGUGGCAAGUAUUCAUCUAUCCUUACCUCGUUAUUUCUUGUGAGAACCAGGAAGUAGUGGGAGACAUUUUGGUCAGUUACUAGGCAACCACCCAUAUGCCUUUCCUGCUGUUCCUCCUUUCAUGGUUAUGGGCCUGAAGACUUGCUGGAAUGAAGAAGGCUGUAAAAUUAAAACUGUGGUGACAACCACAACCGCAACCCACUUAGUAACUGUCCAGGGGCCUAUUUACCAUGGAGGGUAGGGAGGAGCCAGCUGGGGGACCCAUUUGACCCAGUGCUUAGCUCACACUCUCCAACAUGUCCCAGAGGGACACCGGAACACACAUCUUUCAGGGUCACAAUCUCAUGUUAGAGCAUGGCCCCCCAGAACAGGAUGUCCCAAUUAAAUUGGGGCAGUUGAGGGGUAUUUAUUAUAGGUGUAGCUUAUGCAUUCUCUAAGCUAGCUGUUAACUCUGCAGUUAGCUCCUUCUGUGGUCCUAAAUUGCCUCUUUAAAAGCCCCAGGCAGAAGUGGAUCCUCAUAUGAAAAUGCCCCUUUCCUGAAAUGUUACAUUUUCCAAUACUGCUCUGUUAGAGAAAUUAGGUUCCCCAUCCAGGCUACAGAAACUUGACCAUGUGACAUUUUCUGUUUCAGCCCUGUUUUUCUGGCACUCACUUCCAAUUGCUUCUCUUUGUAUCAGGUACGGAAGGUCAAUGUUGAACCCAUGGUAGUGUCUUGGGCCACUAUAUUCUACUCCCAGCAAGGGAUUAUCAUUAACCCCAGUUUGUAAACAGAUAGGGCCUAAGUGAGUGCAAGCGUAAAUCAGUGUGAAGAGAAGUGACCAUGUAAAAUAGGUUCCUGGAGAAUGGUAUGAAUUUAAACAGGACAUUUGAACAAACCAUUCAAGGCUAAUUCACACAUUGCAGUCCUGAUGUGGGAAGCCCUGACAGACUUCUUCUGGCCAGUGACCCCACAUGGUGACUGCAACAGCUGAGAGAAAGGCGUGGAAUAAAUGGCCUUGCACUCUGCAAUCCUAGUGGAGGCUGGUGCUGCUAUGAAGAAAGCUCUCGAUGGUUCUCUCUAGGCAUUCAGCCUGGACACAUAACAGCAAAAAUGUGUCAGAGAAUAGGGGUGUGCCAGGUUGCCAGGCACAUCUGGGCAAACGGACUUAUAAGCUGCCUCCAUUCUAAACACAAAGCCUGGGCUGGAGUGGGCAAGUCCAGUACAUUCAGAAACAUAGGGAGGCAAUGAAGCGCAUGUUCUUGCCUCACCCCCUAUGACUUUGUCCCUUGCAAGACUGAACUCCAGCAGAGGGCUAAUGCAACCAGGGUGUCCAUGGUGAGAGACUCACAUAAAUUAUGGCUCCUUAACAUAAAAGUGUUUUCCACAGCCUCUCGUCUGGAGAUUAAAUAUGAGCAUUACCCCCACAGUUUUCCAAGAUAGAUGCCUUUUAAAUUUGUGCUACAUCGUUUGGGUGACUAAAUCUGAAUAUAGAGAGUGUUUGUCUUUAUGCUACAUGCAUCAAAAUGUGGCCUGUUCCAAGUUCCUACUGUAGAUUUUCUCUACCUUCCACUCCCCUCGAGGCAAAAAAUUAUUGUGAAGUCUUCCUGCAGGAUUGCAAAGUCCUAAUAAGCUCUGUCAGUUUCUGCUAGUCUGGGCCACACACUGGAUGAUGCGGGUACUGAACUGUUAAAUGCAAUAAAUCAAAGCCGUAUUCUCUGUUCCCAAACUCUUCCUUUGAUGGGCAUAUUCAAUGGGGCAGCUGAGGCUUCAGCCAAAUCCAUUUGCCAGCACAGUACAGUAACUGGAACACAUCUUAUUGAUAAAGCAUCAGGAUCCACAAUUGCACCAUGCAGACAGUAAAGUCCAUGUCCCAAAAACGACAAGGAUCUUCUCUAGGUCAGAAGCCAUGGUCAUAAAAUGAAUGUACCUCACAGUGUGGUUGUUCACCAUUUAUGUUUCUUUGACCUUUGACAUUCCAGUGCAACUAGUCACCCUUAACUAUUCACAACAAGGGCUAUUAUUUAUUAUAGCACAAAAACACUGUUAGGUUCAUUUUUAUAACUCAUUUAGAUCUUCAGAUGUUGAAAAAGAUGAAUGUUUAUAAUUGUCAGAAUAGAACUGGACAUCUUGAUCAACACUGAGGGACACACCUGUCACAACAUCAGUUUAUUGCCCCCAUUAGGAAUGCUAUCAAUUUAGCACCCAAUUCAAAAUGAAGCACUUUUCAACCUAGAGUGGCAAUUCCAGACUAAAUUGCUGGUGCGGAAGCAACCGCUUUUGUGUUUUAGCUCUUGCUGGGAUAAUGUAUCAUACUAAGAAGACAUCUUAGGAAUUUAUAUGCUGCCCUCUCAGGAUAGCUUACAACAAUAAUAAAAAACAAAUUGAAAAUAAUGGAGUAAAACAGGUCAAUAAAACAAAAACAGCAUAAAAACAAAUAACACUAAUUAGGCAGGAGCAGACUGAAAGGUGUGGAAAAAUAAAAAAAUGAAAGUCUUCACCUGGCAUUGAAGACAUGAAGGUAGGUACCAGAUGACCAUCUCAGAGGAGGAGUGCAACCACGAAGAAGUUAUUUUCAUCCCUUGCCCCCUCCCACACCUGGAGGCACCUGAAUAAGGACCUCCAAAGAUAUUAAGGUCUGGGUGAACCUUAAUGCAAACAUGUGAAGUCAGUCUUCUUCUUCCUCAUCCUCUUCCUCUUCCUCUUCUUCUCAACAACCACAUUGCAUGUUAAGGAAUAGUGAAGGAGAUUUGAUGGGUCUCUCCACUGUUCUACAUGCAUUAUCACAUAUUUCGGCAGCAUAAUUUAGUUAAAUAUAGUAAUCCACAUGUGUCUGAAAAUGUAUUUUCAGAGAUUACUGAACCAUAAAAAUCUCCCUCUUCCCCAUUGCCAUCUCUGACUUGACCAUGAUAUGCAACAUUAAAUGAUAAUCCUGAGUUGUUUGCUCCAUAUACCUUCUUAGCUGCUAAAAUAUAAUGCUUAUAAUCACAGGAUUAGGACCUAAUAGGAGGAUCGGGCGACAGGCAGUGCCGCAGAGAGCAUGCAAGAGGGUACUUUUAAAAGGUUCUCCAAUCAAGAGAUGGCUGAGAAAGGUCAUGGAAAUCAAUGUUUUCAGCUCAUCAGAAUUUUAGUUUGCAACCACUAACGGAUGGAGGCUUUAGGGUAACCGCCACAAGCUUAAUGGUUUAGGGAACAUGCAUAGUUAUAAAUUUAAAAAAAUCAGAUCUCAUCUUUCUCCCUGAAGCAAACAUUGACACAAAAAUGCAGCUUAAUAUUGAAUUAGCAACUGGUCAGAACUGCUGUUUCUUGCUGACCAUGUUAAGCUGAAUUUGUGGGUUUACAUCAAAUGGCCACUAUGUGUUAGAUAUCUCAUGGGAAUCGUGAGCAAAAGCAAACCUCAAGUGGGCAGAAUUAUCCCCCAGAUGACCUUGUGCUGCGGUUGUAUUCUGGCAUGGCUGAUCCAUUUAUGGCAUUGGUUUUUAUUCUUAAUCUUAAAAGAAGUACUGUUAUCACUGAAAUAUAAAUGCAAAUAUUAUGAAACAUAUAAAGCACAGGACUAAAAUAUCACAUAUUCCCCAUGCAAUAGCAAUUGGACAGACUACCAUCUUCCAAAAGAACAAGAAAGGUAUGCCCUUCCUGGGUGUUUCAUGGCCAGCUGCUACACCUGAGGCUAAUGAAUGGUAUUAAUGCUACUACAUCUUCAAUGACAUAAGGACGGUUUGUGCAUUUUGAAUGGGUUUUUAAUGUAACACUGAGCUUUUAUUCAGCUGAGAAGCAACUAGUAAAUUUCUUUAACCAAAUAAACAACUCUUCCAGUGACAGGCCACAAGCUUCUUCCUUUUGGAAGGGGGAACCUGCUAUUGGUCAUGGAGCACGCUGAGCAUCUUCUCUUGUGAGCACAGCAUGGUGCCAGCUAUGGGAGUUUCCCAUUGGGCAAUAAUCACAGAGGGUCCCAUGACUGCUGCUGGGGGUGAAGGCUGUGAAGGAGGGGCUCAUGCAUUUCCAGCAGUGUGGAAGCUGCUUCAGCAUAUGGAACCAGGGGGGGCAGCACUGAUCAUGUAUGUCUUUCUCAUUGAUAAAUUCUGAGAGCCCUGCCCACACAGUCACAUCCGUUGUGUGCACAGCCCUGCGGUGUAGAAUCACACCGUGAGGCAGCACUCCCUGCAUAUGAAUCAAACCCUUGCUGGUUCUUCAAGAACUAUAACGCAGGUACAGACUACAAUUAGAAAGCUCUUACAAAGCUUCUGAAAGCUACACCGGCCUUGUUUAGACUUAACACUAAACUAUGGUUAAUGUUAGUAAACCAUAGCUGAGGUAUCUGACAAACAAUCACUUGAUUCUUGGAUUAUUAUGUUGUAGAAGACUUAAAGGCAUCAGCAAGAACUGCUAAGACCGCACACUUUUAAUCUUCAUGUGCCUGGAAAGGGCUUCUGUUCCCCCUGGAUCUGUGGACAUUGAUGGUAAAAUGGGUACCAGGAGUGGUGAUUCUGAUUAGGGAGUUAAUGGCAUGGGACGUGUGGCAAACCAUCAUGGGAAAAGAAGGGUUUGGAAUAAGGGAUUUGCUCUCUUUCUAUUGUCUCUCCAAACAACAACUCCUGAGGAGUCAAGGGCAUCCACAAAAUAGGCAGUUAAAUGCAGAAAUAACUGACAUACUCUCAGGCCUACUCAGUCAGGUAGGGAUGUCCCAGUUCCCUUCUCAGUUACUGACAGCUUUUUUGUGACCCAUUUCCAGGCUCAUUGAAGACAGAUGAGUAGGUUUCUGUUGCUUGCCUUCAGCAAUUCUGGCCUUUGCAGUGUUGCUGACUUGCUGGUUUUGCUACCAAAUGUAGUGGAUUUUCAAAAGUGCAUUCAGUGGGGUAAAUUUCUGCCCUGUGGUCAGUUGGAGAUGCUGUGUGUCUUCUUCUUUUUUUCCCCUAGCAGAGGUCAGUGGUCUUUGUUUAUUAUUUUCAGUGACAUUACUGAAUUGAGUUGGAAGCUGGGGAAACGAUGUUUGUCAAGAGACUACAAGACUUGUCUUAUUCUGGCCAAUAAAAGCCUAAGGAGGAUUUGAAUCAGUCAGAAGAGUUCAUGGCCAAGUGGACGGUGGCAUGGUCUCUCAGGCGCCCAGGCCACCGUUUGCUCCCGCUAGAUGUCUGUGGUCUUCAGAGAAGAUCAGACCAAGAAGAGGGGGCUGUGGCCUUCAAGUCCCGCAGGUAGGCUUCCUACCUUUGUUGGCCACUGUGAGAACAAGGUGGUGGAGAACUAGACGGGCUUUUGCUCUCAUCCAACAAGGCUCUUCUUAGAUUCUUGCUUUUAUUACUAAGGUGAGGACAAUAGCUGGUUUGGGUUCCAACCACCAGCCAAGGUAAAAAUAACAAAUACUUUUGUAGCACCUUAAAGACUCACACACCUCCUCCACCUCCUCCUCCUCCUCUUCCUCUUCUUCUUCUUCUUCCUCCACCCUUCAUCCAAAGAACUAAUAACUCCCCGCCCUCGACACCCAAGCAUAUGUAUUGAAAAAAAAUCUGAAUGCCUGGUUGAAGAGAAUCAUUUGUGUUUCUUACAGCAUAAGCUUUUGCAGGCUACUACCUAUGUCAUCAGAUAUGUGAUUAUCUUGAGCUGCAGGCAUAUAUAGAGAUGGGUGAGGAUUGUGAACAGAGAAGCCAGAAGGAAAUUAAAAGAAAUUCAUUCCUAUUCUGACCAUGGUGAUUAUAUAUUUAACAGUGGCCAUUCAUAAAAAAGCCCCAGUGGCGUUGAUAAGACGGGCCCCUUGGCCUCCAUAAGCUACCCAUACCCGUAGAAUUUCUGACUGGACCUUUAACAUUUCCCCUUCCUCCAUGCCUCUCUACCAUUUUACUCACCCUCUGUAAUUCCUUGAGCUAUGACAUUCAUUCCUCUCUCUCCAGCUCUCUCUGGGCAACACAGGCCCCAACUGCUCAUGUGUGACAGCUUACCCAGUGCUUUCUUCUGGGGCUACGCAGGGCUAUGCACACCCCUAAACAUUUUGUGAAUCUUUGUACUUUUGUUCAUUUACUGUAUUUACUUUUCCCAAUUUGAACUAUAAAAUGGUGGUUUUCUUGAGUCAAAAUGAGAAGACCCCUAAACAUUUUUUAAGAAAAAAAGCACUGGGCUUACCUAUGAACGUCACAAGCUAACAUUGGCUGGGAAAUGCCUUUUAUUAAGAAUUGCAAAUAGGUAAAGGCCAGUGCUUGGAAUGAACUGGUUUGGUUGAACAAAGUUCACUAAAUGGCACAAAAAACACCACGAACAACACCUGAAAGUAGUUGCCACACAGGCUUUUCAGGAGGUGACACGUCCGAGUGACAAGGCCUCACCUGGGCCCCAAAAAAUGUGAAGGUUUUACAGAUGAAGCAUGGAAGCCAGGAGGCUCAAGGCCUCCAGACAAAUUGAAAUACAGUCCAGUAUUUUGAUAUUACUAAGUUUGUGUCCAUGACCUUAUUCCAGACAGUGCCGUAAAUCAGUAAAGUUUAAACAGAACUUUAAAAUGGAUGAUAAUUUUGUCACAGAGGUCAGAUCCUAGUUACCUCUGUUUUAAUGGUGGCAGCGUUGGAAGGGAGAAUUCAAAAGCAGCAGAAGACAUCUGGGGCUUAUUCAUGGAAAAAGUGAACUCCCUUUUGGCAUCUGUAUCCGAUUAUUUUAUUUUAUUUACUCUUUAUUUUUCACUUAACCAAUUACCCACUUGGCAGGCAUAAGAUACGUUAUCUAUGACUUUCACCUUCUAGAUGGUGUGUGAUUUAUUAUUAAUCAUUACUAUUUCUUCUUUUCUCAUUUAGUUUCUUAUUUUAAAUUUAGUUUUUACCUGAUCAGAUAAUUGUAGGCAUUGCCUUCUCAAAAUGAAAUCAAAUUCAAUUAGCCAAUAAGUCAUUGCAUUAAUGUCCAUUCAAGCUCCGGAAUGCUGGGAAACUGCAGCUGUUAAAUCAUACUAUUUGGGCAAUAUCGAUAUGGUCUGAUGGUUGAGAUUAGCUCUUGCUUCUCCACUACCAUGCAGGUGGAUGGCUGUCAGUGGCAGAAUAAUGUGACCUGAAGAACCCAUUGAAUUUUGAAUUGGCAUAUGAGUUUUCCACUGAAAUCACCUACUUAAGAUGGGGAAAUGGGCUAGCAAGACAGAAUUCUUCUAGCAGGUGAUGUAUGUGUCAGUGUAGUGCUACCGCUUUAGAGCAAUGAGAUUUGGUUGCUGAACCAGAUCCUAAGCUGGCAGGAAAUUCCCAUUGGAGUGAAUGGGACCUACAGCCAGAUUCUAAAAUAUUUAUCCGUAUGUAAGAGGCAAGCACGGGGGACGUUGGUGGUGCUGUGGGUUAAACCACAGAGCCUAGAACUUGCCGAUCAGAAGGUCGGCGGUUCGAAUCCCCGCAACGGGGUGAGCUCCCAUUGCUCGGUCCCUGCUCCUGCCAACCUAGCAGUUCAAAAGCAUGUCAAAGUGCAAGUAGAUAAAUAGGUACCGUUUCAGCAGGAAGGUAAACGGCUUUUCCGUGCGCUGCUCUGGUUCGCCAGAAGUGGCUUAGUCAUGCUGGCCACAUGACCUGGAAGCUGUAAGCCGGCUCCCUCGGCCAAUAAAGCGAGAUGAGCGCCGCAACCCCAGAGUCGGCCACGACUGGACCUAAUGGUCAGGGGUCCCUUUACCUUUAAGAGGCAAGCACAGGUGAGCAAACUGCAUAUGGUCUUCCCCUAACGUGGUGCAUUUACUGGCUUGCACAUAACAGAACUUUCAAAGUCCCUAAAUGGAAUCAUAGAAAGCUAUGUCAUGACUUCUUUUAAAAUAAGCAGAAGACAAAAGAAUCAACGAAGAAGAAGAGCUUUAGAAAGCUGGCUUAGAGCAGAAAAUAAAAGCUAUUAUUGUGACGCUUUUGAACAGCAUGUUUGUAAAACAUGUUUUUUGGCUUUUGUCUACAUCUCUGUCUGCAGGGAAUUGUCAAUAUGUUGAAGAGCACAUGAAUUCAAAGUAAAAAAAAGCCUUUUCUAUAUAGUGACCCAUGUUUUCAUUCAGCUCCUGAAUUCAGAGACAAAAUGCAUACCUUUCACCAGUAUGAUUAAGAAAAGGCUAAUGGAGCUUUCCUACACACUGAAGCAUGAAGCAUGUAUAAUUUAAUAACGCUGAUAAAUCUUAAAGCCAGGAGCAUUUGGCGAACACAUGACCCACUUUUUCAAUCUAUUGGAAACAUUUACAUAACAGCCUGAUUCUCAGGCUUUUCGUUUUCUAGAUAGAGGAAGAAGAGACAGAAGCACAUUUGAACACCUUAAACUCGACAUGCCUCAAAUAAAUUCUGCCAUUAAAGACUUAAUAGAGCAUUCUUGCAAGCCUUUCCUCUUUCUCUUUGCACCAGGAUCACUCACUGGGGGCAAAAUGGACCCACUGGAAAAUAGGAAUAACUACUGGUAGAUCUCUGGAUUGCAAACUCUUGCCCAGUCGCUGUAUGAAGAAUCAGUACAGCAUAUACCACACAUAGAGAAACAAAAUGGUUUGUAAAUAAUAGACAGCACUUGUCCCCUGUCCUCACUACAAUUCCUUUGGGGAUUAGAGUGACACAGUCCUUCUGUCCUUGAGUAACUUUGCAAUUUGACAAUCAUCACACUAUAUUAAAAUGCUUGUGGCUUCCAAACAUCGCAGGCCUCUAAUCUCCAGUGUUGCUGUUAUGUCCACCUACAAGGGUGGUCUUGAUGCUGAUGUUACCUGACCAUGCUUAGAUUCACUUCCCCUUUUGCAGUUCAUAAGGAGGUGCCUAACAGCACAGUCCAUCUAGCUGCAGCUGGUAGCUGUUCUCCAAGGGUUGGGAAAGGGGGAAAAAACCCUAGUCCUGCUGUAUAGUCCUUUUAACUGGUGAUGCAAGCUAUUGAAUCUGGGACUUAGAUGCAAAGCAUAUGCUCUAGCACUGAGCUGUGACGGGCUUAUAGGGUAUGUGCUUAAGGCUGUGCAUGUGUUGCCCACAGCAGCAAAAAUUCAGUGUGCAAUGCUGUCACUGUGACAGCAUUGCACACUGAAUUUUUGCUGCUGUGGGCAACACAUGUACCACCAUCACAAAUGUCAAAAUUUCAAGCAAGUAAGCAUAAAGGUCAGAUCCAAUGUCUAGUGUUGGUAUUAUUGAGCACCUGCUGAGGCCAGUAUCCGAACUGGGGAGGCACUCCCCCCCCCCCAGUGGUGCUUCUCCUCUUCCUCCUUGAUGUCUCCAUCUGUUCUGCUGCCCUCUAUAGCCUGUGGGCAGUGAUAAGGGCAAGGGAGCUUCAGCCUUCACUCGCUUGGAUCUCUCUUAGGCAGUGAUGGAGACUAGGGGAGGGGCAUGGUGGCCGUGGCAAGGAGAAGGGGGACCACGGAGGAUGCCAUGUUGCUGAAGGGCUGUGCAAAAUCUUGGGUUAUUUAACAUGGUUCCACUUGAUGUGAGAGGGGAAAUAAAGUUCCACUUGAACACUCCUCAGAAUCGUACAUUUGGGCAAACUACUUAGAGAUUGUCACACAAGCAUGCAGUACUGUAUAUAAUAUAUAUAUAUAUAUUUAAGCAUAAAAACUUGUCAUUAUUGAAUGGCUUGCAGAAGAUAAGUAAGACCAACACCUAGCUAGGAAAUUUCAUGGCAUCUAGUUUUGAUGGGAAUAUGGGGAAAUAGUUUUGCAUUUUGGUAAAAGACUAGUAAAAGGAAAUUGGAAUCACUGUAAUAUAAAUUUACAAUCUGUGAGAUGUUAAAGGGAACAAGAUGUAUUGUGGCUAUUUAAGUGCUAUUGUUUCUUUAUGCAGAAUUCUCCAGGAUACCCAUCUUAGUAAAAUCAUACGUAUCCCAAAUUAUUCACAACUUGAGAGAAAAGAAGGAGGCAAAUGGAAAAUACAAAAUAUAGAGACACAUCAAAGGAAAAUUUGUUCUUUAGAAUAACUAACAGCAGGGGCAUAGAGUGGGGGUGCCAGGGGGCCGUGGACAGAGGUGCACAAUUUUUGAGGGGGUGCAACCCAAGUGCCCCCAUGCAGACACCCCCAGCGUGCCACGGCCUGAUGUUCCUCUAUGGCCACCAAGGGCUGCGUCGACCGGCCAGACUCCCCCUUGCGCAGGCGGGCAGGUGGCUCAGCGAGGCCCCGCUUUGUUCCGGCGGGAGUGGGGUUACUCCAGCAGCGGCAGCGAGGGCAGGGCUUGUGCCCACCCACCAGCCCUGGGCACUGGUAACGGAUGCUAUGCCACCAACUAGGCCUGGAACAUUCAGAGAAAGCUCUUCCCGUAGAUCACUAUCAGUUUUCCAGGUUGUCAAAUGCUGUUAAGUGUCCAAGACUGAAAACAUCUUAAAUCUUAUACAGCAAUAAACAAAAGUAGCACUUACUUGUUCUCUUUACAGGUGGUUUUCUCCUGUGAAGUCACUUUUUCCUUGGGUCUCCUAAUAUCAGACUGUUUCCCAUACCACCAUAGAAGAUGGAAUCUAAAGUUUCUGAAGGUGGCCUGAAUGUGACUCUCACCAUCCGACUGCUGAUGCACGGGAAGGUGAGCGGUGACCAUGUGCUUCCUUAAAACAACGUCCAGCAGCCAGUGAUGAUUUACUUGUCUAGAUGCAAAUGCUAAGAUUGUGUGUCCAUGUCACAUAUAUUAGUUUAGUUCUCUGACAAAUAUGUGAUUCAUAACACAACAAACCUGGAAAACUGUUUAAUUGGGGAAGUUAUUGUUGUCCACCACUAUCGGCUGAAGAUCAUGAUCGCUGGCUUUUUUUGAGAGAGAGGCUCCCAACCAAAGUCUCCCAGAGUUCAGACUUUAUAGCGUUCUUGAAAUAGUGCCCCAACCCUUCUAUAUCAUCCAGUUCCCCAUGGCCAAGGUCCUUCUGUAAUGCCUACUCGCAAGCAAAGUUUCUUUCUAAUGCUAAUUGAAAGUUUCAGGGGACUAGUGGUGAAAAGUCUCUGAUUUUGUCCUUCAACAUCCUCACUGAAGGGUCCCAAAGCCACUUUCUCUGCUCAGGUGGUGAUGGUGAGGCUUUACUUACUGAUUCCCUUUCAGUUUGUUUUCUUUCAGUAGCAGCAUUUCUCCAACAAGAGCCAAAAAGAAAAAGAUAUGCAGGGGGAACAGUAUUUAAAACUGCCCCCGCGGUCCACAUUGGAAGAAGAUGCUGGCCUUGAGGCAAUUGUGUGGGGGGGGGGUUAAUCUGGAUUUUCUAUAUAGUUCAGAUAUCAGCAUAGAACACAAAAUAUGCACUGUACAAAUGUUAUGAAAUUUAAUAAUGAACUGUGAUCAAAGCAUCAUUAAAGGUAUUAAAUAUACAUGUAAUGAAAUAUCAAAGAGUGGGGUCAGACCCAAAAAUGAUUUUUAAAAAGCUUUUGGGGAAAAUCAGUCAUGUUUCUGUUCUAUUCACAGAGCUUGUGGGAGCACUCAAUGCAUGUUGUUUGCCUGAUAGUCUUGUCUAUUUCUUGAGUUUCAGUUAUCCAGUUACUAUAAUUUUUAUAAAUUCCAAAUAAAGGUUUAUUUGGCUGGUACUCUAGUCUAGCAAUGUUCUUAUUAUUUACAAAAGAAAGCAUAUGGGCAAUUUUACCAGAGGCUGAAUAUGCCAGUGGUUCCCAACCUUUUUUUGGCCAUGCCCCACCUAAGCAUCUCUAAAAUCCUGAUCUCCACCACCACCACCACCGGGGCCAUAUAAUUCUUAAUUUUCAAAAAGUGAACUAGUCACAUGGAGAAAGCCUAAAAGGCCAUUAACUGUUAACAACUCAUUCUCAAAUUGUCACCCCCUUAAAAAUCAAAUUGCCCCCCCCCCGUGGGGUGUGUGCACCACGUUGGGAACCACAAGUCUAUGUUAAGCUUCCAGCCUGAAUCAAUGGGCUGAAAUGUUCAGCCUGAAGCUUUUGAAGCCCUAAAGAGCUCUUUGCGCAUCCCACCAGAGAGACCCCUACGCAUCCACUUCUGUGUGCUCCUCACCUGAGUGCAACUGCGCCAUUUUGUAUUUGGUGGACAGUCAAUACAAACAGCCCUGUUCAGAGUACCUGUUUCCCUGCAGAGCGUGUGAGGGAUUGCCUCAGAUACUGUAAUGGCAGUACUUACAUUGGGCUUCAAAACAAACAAAAACUUAAUAGAGAGAUCUGUUUUUCCCUCUUCUGCAAACCAACCCUGCAAUUUUAUGAUCUUAUGAUUGUCCUCCACUAGAAAUGGUCAUAGGCUGGAUGCACAUCCUGUGCUAGGAAAAAAGAAAGUAACACAAAAACACUUUUUGCUUAAUAUUGUGCUUAAUAUCGCUUUUUAAUAUUGCACUUAAUAUUGCUUUUUUAAAAGCCCUGAAGUAACUGAUUUUUAAAAGAUGGUGGAAAUUAUUUUAAAAACUGCCAUUCAGGUGAAUUAGACAUUUUCUUUCCGCAUCCACAGAUCUAAGCCACUCCAACUGGAAAGAAUAUAGCAGCAUAAUAAAUACAAUAUCCCAAAUAGGGUGCAAAGUCUAUUGCGUUCUUCAGAAGAAGAGCAGUGACUGGGUUGUACGAAGAGCUCUCCGUCGGGAAGAUACCCUCUGUGGCCCAUAUCAUUUAAUUAAUUUCAGUCUCAGCCAAGUAUGUUUAUUAAUGAACGUUCUUGAAUUCUUACUUUGUUGCAAUUUUUCUUUUAAAACAGGAAGUUGGAAGCAUCAUUGGGAAGGUAAUUUCUUCAAACUAUGCAUCUUAAUGCUUCAGUAUUGCCUGUGUUUACAAACUGCACAUGUGGGAGGGAAAUGGCCCUUUCCCAGCUGAUUUUUUAGUACAAACAAGCUGUAGUGUGUGGUUUGGUGGAAUGAGAUGUGUUUACUCACUUUAGAUUUCUAGGUAUGCCUCCAGAAUUUACUACCAGUAAAUUCUUUAAUAGGACCGCAAAUAAUAAUCUCCAUUUAUGUGAAAGAGGCCAGAUGGCAUUUGUACCCAUACCCUGCCAUUUGUACAGUUCACCUACAAUCAGAUUCUUCUGUUAAUUUAAUAAUUUGCUAGAAGGUCAAUCAGGUAAUUUCAAAAUGGCUGAUGCAGACAAGUUUGUUACCUAUAAGGUAGCUUUAGAUGUCCUAGCAGUGAGAAAGCUGCAGGCUUCUUUUUUGAUCCCCCAAAGUAUUGACUGCCAAGGGAAUUAAAAAACAUGAUUUACUGUUUCAAGUUUUGACAACUUGUAUAUGUUUAGCUUACUUUUCAGUUGUUUGUUUUUAUGAGUUACAUUGCAAUGGCCACUGACUGCAAAUAAUAAAAAUCUGACUGGCUGACUAAAAUGGGACAAGCGUUUCAGCUGCCCUGAACUUUCUUAAGAUGCACCUUCUAUAUUAUUAUUAUUUAUUGAAUGUAUAUACCUCACCAUACCCAGGGGUCUCAACCAUCUACCUCAACCACAGCCUAGAUAUCCUUAGGUACAAGGCAGAUAGGGUGUGCCUUAUGUAAUGGGGGAAAUCACGUCUUUCAUUUUAUGAUUAUUAAACAUAAACAUUUAUUUCAAAAAUCAAAACAACUGCCUAUUCUUCCCCUGAAAAUGGUGCUAUACUGUUGUCACUCUCACUUGUUAAAGGAUGCUUCCACACUAGCCAGAUAUUCUCUUUUAGCCAGAGCUUGAUCUACAGUACCAAAUAGAAAAGAUUUAAAAAGGGGCAAAAGAAAAGACAGAAACAAUUAUUAGUAGUAUUCUAUAUUUAUUUAUUUAUGCCCUUCCCUUUUCUCUGAUGGGACUCAAGGCAACUUACAGCUAAAAACAAGAACCACUAAAAACAUAGGAAAAACCAAUAAUUAAAAUACAAUUAAACAUUAAUAGAAUUAAAACGAUAUACAUAUAUAAAAUCUGUUUAAAACAUACCAAUAAUUACAAAAAAAAAACCAGCUCAGGACCAGUCCUUUCAUUAAAAGCCUGUUGGAACAAGAAAGUCUUUGCCUGCUGGCGGAGAUCUCUGAAUGAGGAGGGGCCAUAUAAAAAUUUAAUAAAAAUACAUACAUAAAAUAAAAUAAAAUAAUUCCCCAUCUGGAAGCCCCCAUGCACAAAUGCCAAUUGUUGCUACAACCACAUCUGGAAUAUAUUUAGAAGAGAUUUCAAAAUGGGCUUCAAACAUCGCAGGAGGUGGGGCUAUAUUCUCUCCUCCAUGUGCCACAGUGGUAACCUCUGAAGGUGUGCAUGUACCAAGAUGUGGGACGGGGUGUUUCUGUUUCUUUGUGAGCACCUCAAGGGGAAGGUGUGAUUACAAGAGCUAUGGGAGAGGUGGAGAGAGACAGACCCAGCUUAAAAGAAGCUGUGAUUACUUUCUACAAAUCUAUCUGGGUCCUUAAUAGAGUGGGGUCAGGGAAGAGCUGUCAAGUGCCUUAGGCCAAAAACAGCUGAGCUGUCCAUUAAUAAAUGUAGCGGCAUAUUGGGCAAAGGAUUUGUCUUUAACAGAGCCGAAUUCUAAAAUUUUCCUCAGUCUACAGGGCAAACAGGUUCACUAGAUUUUUGAUAUAGGAUGGUUAUGUGCAUCAACAGUGUGUUUUCCCAGUGUUGUUCCCUGGAUACAGGGGGAGGAAUUCACCGUUCCACCAGGGCAAGCAUUUUGGCUUGCCAGAUGGAAGGCUCUCCCUCUCCUUCUUCCCCCGCAGGCUGUUCCAGGAGUUCUCCCAGCCUCCUGAGCCAAUUUUGAAUGGAGGGGAAAUCCUGUUACACAAGCAGCCGUCCUUGUGCAGGGCUUCCGCCGAUAGGACUCGUUAGUUAAAUCCCUCCAAUAAUAAGGCAGACAUGUUAAAAUCCUUUAUGGCAUGUCUGUUAAAUUUGUCUCAAAAGUGUUGAUAUGAUUAUAGCAGUUAUUUUGCAUCUUUUUCAGAAAGGAGAAACAGUGAAAAAGAUGCGCGAGGAGGUAAGUGUCCAGUCCUUCAUGGUGAUGUUGCAGCUUAAUAUGUAAACUAGUAUGAUGAUUUCAGAAUGCAAGAUCACAGGUGAAAAGGGCCGUAUGUUUUUGUGUGGUUGAGGGGGUUAAGUUUCUUUUCAUUAGUAAUGUGUUGGAACAUUCUGGAACAGAAUGUAGGAACAUUCUGCAUAACUCUCACAGAUGACAGCUGAAGGAGGGAUCAUGCUUUCCUGUGACAUAUGCCCAGUGCAGACAACUGUAACCCAGAGAUACACAACAAUCUUGUAGGGCAGAGCUUUCCAAACUUUUCAUUUUGAUGACACACUUUUUAGACAUGCAUCUUUUCAUGACAUGGCAAUUCAGUUUUACUAGCAAACCGAAGUUAAACUAACCCCUUUUCAGCUCCAGGAGGAAUGCAGGGAGCAUUCAUGCAACACACCUACACACUAACAUGUCACAGCACACAGUUUGGAAAGCUCUGCUAUAGGGCAUGUAUUGCUUGUAAGAUGUUCUGUUUGGGGGGUUUUUCCACACAUGGUUUUACAGAUAUUUUUCUUAUAUCCAAGGUAAGAUAUGAGUAGACAUUACAUGAGUAAAUAUAACUAAGCAGAUUAUCUGAAGAAAUAUAACUAAGCAGGUAUCUGAAGAAGUGUGCAUGCACACGAAAGCUUCUACCCAGAACAAACUUAGUUGGUCUCUAGGGUGCUACUGGACAAUUUUUUAAUUUUUUAAUUUAUUUAAGCAGAUUAGCUUUGACAUCAUGUGUACUUCACAUGUGUUGAUUUUAUAAAUAUGUGGUGCAAAUAAUAUAUCAUAUGUAAUUACGAUAUGUAUGACAAAGUGUGGUCCUUCCAUUCUAGAGUGGUGCACGAAUCAAUAUUUCUGAGGGAAAUUGUCCAGAGAGAAUUGUCACCAUAACAGGCCCCACUGAUGCCAUCUUCAAGGCUUUCGCCAUGAUUGCUUACAAAUUUGAGGAGGUAAGCAAAUUAUUUAAUAAUGUUACAAGAAGUUAAUAGAUAGGCACCUUAUUGAUGAAAUGUCUUCACAAAACUGCCCAUCAGCCCAGGAGCGAAUGCAGACCUUCUAGCUGGAAAAGAUGCCCCACUCUCACCUGACAGGACAGAGGCUGCCGCCUUGGGCGGUAGAAUCCAAGGGGCACCAACGCAGGUGCCGCUGACAAAGCAACUGCGGUGAAGGCUUCCAGGUUUCAGGAAGGUCUUGUGAAAGCCCUGUGAAAUCUCAUGCAACCUCACAAGAUUUCACAGGGCUCUUUCAAGAUCCUGCCAGAACCCAGAAGCUGCCACUAUGUGACCCCCUGGUAAGCAAGGCUUGGUGGGGGUGGCAAGUGGCAGGCACACAGGGCAGCAGGGGGGCACAGGGAACAUGUGGAACCUGCUUACAGGCAUCCCUGACAAGGUAUGUUGUGCUUCUCAAUCCAGUUUGCAAACAGUAUGGACUGAUUUCUUUAGGAGGCUGGCUAUACAAAAUAUAGUUGAGUUGAAGGGAGGUGACAUUUUGUUUAGUUCUCUAAUCUUCUAGUUCUAUGAUAUUGUGCUAAAUGUAUAGCAGUUACAAUCUACGAUAACAAUAAACUUAUUCUUAAAUCAGGAGAUUCAAGCAAUUAUCUCGUAAGCUUUUGAGAGAUUCACUUCUUCCUUGUGCGCAGGCAUGCUUUCUUGCCUUCUCAACUUAGCAGGAAUAGAACAAUUCUGUUUAUUCACUCACAGGCUCAUCAAAAUGUCCGCCUCAUUUUAAAUAAGGUAGCAUUGUCAUCUGCAUCAUAAGGCAUUUUCUUUCUUUCUGUUCAAAGGAUAUAAUCAACUCAAUGAGCAACAGUACAGCUACCAGUAAGCCACCCGUAACGUUAAGGUUGGUUGUGCCAGCAAGCCAGUGUGGGUCACUGAUUGGAAAAGGAGGCUCCAAGAUUAAGGAAAUCAGGGAGGUAAGCAGAGACAGGCUUUGUAGGGUGGCUGGUGGAAAGUCUGGUUAUGCAGAUUCUCUCAUUUAAUUCAGCUUUGGGGAUUUGUUGUUGUUGUUUUUGCAUGGGGGGAUGGGAAGGUAAAAAUACUCCCUGAUCUUUGGGAUUAGGACAAUCUUUUAAAAAGAAAAAGGGGAAAAAAUAGUGGGGUGGGACUUACCAUAAGAGAUUUGAGGCAGCAAAUUUGUUUUCCGCUUUUUCUUUUUUUAAACAACAACAUUUCCAUUGGGCCAUUUUUAAUAUCAGAGAUCUAAUAUUGUUCCUUAUUUUUUUCUCUUGCCUGUGCAGGCAGAAAACAAUGAGGGGAUAAUUAGCAAAGCGAAUGGGGAAUUGGAUUUCACUUCUUGAUCCACACAUGAAUUCCCUGCCAAAUUUUAGGUGCUUGCACAAGACUAACAAGCUGUCUGCCUAUAUUUACUUGUUUCUUCUUCUUCUUCUUCUUCUCUCCCUACCUUCCUGCUCUUCUCCAGUCUACAGGUGCUCAGGUUCAAGUGGCGGGGGACAUGCUGCCCAACUCUACAGAAAGGGCAGUGACCAUUUCAGGGACCCCCGAUGCUAUUAUCCAAUGUGUCAAACAGAUCUGUGUGGUGAUGCUGGAGGUACAGUCUGUAACAAUGGGGGUAAAGUAUACAGAAAAAAGCCAACAACUGAAAACUUGGACAAUAUACCUUUCUUGUAAUUCAGUUACUCUUUGGUAUUGUUAUGGCUUCUUGCUUGCUAAAGCAUUCAACUAAUUAUGGUUUCAAGGCAUCUGCAGAUUACAUGAAUGAUUUCAAAAAGACUUGAAGCAAAAUAACCAGCCUCCUAUAAAGACAUUUUCCAUAAAGCAAACAAAGUAGCCAGUCUAGUUUCUUGCAAUGACCCACAUGCCUGUUCGUUGGAUACAAAGUGGAUCAUAUCAUGAGGAAUGUAUAAAAGAUGGAAUGGAACACUCCAAUGGUACUUUAAUUAAAUAAUAAUAAUUCUCCAGAAAGCCAAAAGUAACAGAGGAGCAAGCAGAGAAAUAGUAGAUUAAUAAGGUCAUCACUGCUAUUCUUCUAAUUCAGGGUGGUCCAACUUUUCAUACCAAGUGGGUCGCAAGAGUACUUCAACAUGGAACCUGCAGGCUGCACAUUCCCAUAUCGUGGGGGGGGGUGGAAGAGAGUGAGCCCAAAAUGUGAUGCUCCCCCAGCCCUUAUUCUGCCUUCCGAAAGGUGGAUAAAUGAGGCAUCAGGCUUUGGGAAGGAGGCACAAGGCUCUGGCAGGGUCCUAGAGCCCUCCUACAAUCUUCCCAAAGCUGGGAAAGCACUAGCUAGGAUUUGCGAUGGAGCUGGACAGGCCUGCAGGAAUUCUAGGCAUGUAUGGAACACAGGUAUACCACCUAAAACUCCUCGAAAUCACAAUGGUCUUCUGUCAUAUUCUAGUACAGCCUAACACCUUUACCUUACACCCUAACACACAAAAGUUAGUUCAAACAGUGGAAUAGGGUUGUGAAAUGUAGAAUAGGCAUAGAUUACAUUGCAGUAGUCCUCAAAUUUUGAGGUAGUGAAGGCAUGCAAAUUCCCAUCUUAUAUUAGACAGAGUGCAGCUCUUCCAGGUGGACCUGCCAUGGAUGUGAAAGAGCUGUGAAAAUGAAUCAACCUGAAAUACAUUCAAAAUAAAAGCUUUAGGAAAUUUAAUUUCUAAGAACAGGUGUAGAAGCCAAGCCCGUGAACCAGAAUUCCCUGGUUCAAAUCUUACCUCAGUUUUGAAUUCACUGGAUAGGUUUAAAAGUGAUGAUUUUGUAGGUUUGUUGGAAGGAUUCCUAAUACGAGGUAUGUGAGAUACUUUGAACACUCUAAAGCAAUGUAUAAAUUCUAAAUAUUAUUUAUGGUAGAACCAUUUUUUCUGUUAAGUGAUUAUUUAGCUCCUCUGUUGUCUGGAAAUUGGGCACGGUAGAUUCAUACCUGACAUCGUAGAUCCAUGUGCAGAUCAUGGUCUGAUCUUUAUGUGUUUGGUUGCUCUCUAACAUUCUUUUUACUAACAUUUCAGGAAAUCUGGUCUAAUGUUCUCUCUCCCUCUCCUUGUCCCUUUUCCUAGUCCCCACCGAAAGGUGCCACCAUUCCCUAUCGCCCAAAGCCCGCCUCCACCCCUGUCAUUUUUGCAGGUGGUCAGGUAAGAGCCGACCCGCUUGCGGCCUCCACUGCCAACCUCAGCCUUUUACUGCAGCACCAGCCGCUGCCCGUUAGUGCUCUCAGGUUUUCUUGUCUUUUCACUUGCAUGAUGUCAUCCCACUCAUGUUGCACCAAAGCACUUGGACUCAAAGCUCUUUAUUGAACACAGGGUGUAGCUGCUUCGUCCUCCAGAUAAGAGGCAUGAAAGCCAUUUAGCACAGCUAAAGCUAAUAGAUAGUGGCUUCUGGUUCAAACAAUACUCUCUACUGAUCUCCUCCUUAAGCACAACAUUGGAAAAGAGAAUGAAGCUUCCUCUCCUGCUCUGUAGCCACUCUUGAGUGGGAUGUUUGAAUAGGGUGUAUGUGUCCAUUAACACGAAUGGGACAGCAGGAAUGAUAGCUCAUUAGGAGUGGGGUAGUUAGACAGUUACUGAAUCUCUAAGCCACCCUAUAACAAAAGUUAUAAGGUAAAAUCAUGGGCAUCACAUUUGAUUUUGUUCAUUAAUGUCACACCCCAAUGUGAGUGUCUAGUGGCUUGAGACAAGCAUGUUAGGUGCAUGGGAAGGCAUGUUUUUGCUGACAUGAACAGGAGAACAAACCCUAGAGGACAAGAUCCUCAAUAAGGACGCAAUUUAAGGUGCUUUGCGGGGUGUGCUUGCAAGUGCUUUGACUUGCAUAGUAGUUCAUUUUGUCCUGCAAUUUUUGAGCGUAUGCUUAUUUUAAGAAUUUCAGUGCUCACAAAAUCACAAAGAUUACACAGAAGUGCAUUAAAGAGUUCAAAAAGCAGAUUUAAAAAUAAGAGAAAUGAGAUCAAACAUAAAGCAUAUCUCAACAGAACUCUAAAUGUUUCUGUGCUAAAUAGUAUUGAAUAGCCAUGUUUGAGCAAUAAAUGCAAAUUUGAUAAGCUUCAAAAGACAUUCCAAGUGCACAGGGGUCUGUUUGAAAUUUUUGUCUCUUCAUUAUUUAACUAAUUUCAGUACAAUUACUCAGUUUUCUCCAGGGCCAUUUUACAUUAGCAUCUAAUUGAAAUAUUUUUUCUCAUUGUGACAGAGUCCAAAAAUGGUACUCACAAUGAAAAAGCAGUGCAGUAGAUUAAAAUAAACUAAUCAUGUGUUUGAGUCUCCAAAUCUUGACAUUAAACUCAGGCUGUAAAUUAAUGGAACCAAAUAACACAUUACGCUGGACUUCCUUCUGCAAAAAGCUUUCACAAGGGAGACUGAUUUGAGAGAUUCAGCUCACAAAAAAUGUGCCAGGUUGUUUUUCCUUGCACUUUGAGAGGUGGGAUUUAAGUUGGGUGGUUAGCAAAGGCACUUCCCUGUGCCAUGAACCCAGUCCAAAUCACACCACCACCUCUGGGCUACUUUUUGAAGAAGAAAAUUAUGUGGGAAAUUCCAGAUACAGAAUUCCAACAUACCAUGCAGUUUGGCUCUGUAAAAGAACCAGUUCAUUUUUGUAUCAUACUUGAUAUUUUAGCAGACAAAAUAAAAAUCAUAAGUGUAUGCUUAUUUAAUGGAUAAGAGUCCACCAAAAUCAUAACCAGUGCUAUUGAUUGCAAGAAAAGUAUGGAACCACAUGAUGCAAACACAUAAAUUCACAGCAAGAUUAGAAAUAAUUAAAUGUUUUAUAAGCAUAUUCUUGCAAGUUGCCAAGUAGUAAAACUGGAAAAUUCAUGUUGUUCCUCCCAUUUGAGUUAAUGAACAGCAUUUGCAUACUCAUACCUCACCAACUAAAUAAAUCUCUGCAGAUUUUAUCUACCUAGAUAUUGUGCCUGACCACAAAUGUUACCUCUGUUCUGUGCAUUCAUGCUGAUUUUUGGGAGGAUAAAAAUGCCAUAAUGGCCCCUAACACUUCUUUAUCACUCUUUACCCAGUAUUUGAUCCAUGAUGCCUUUUCUCUAAAAUAGCAACCUAAUGAAAGAGCUUUGGGUCCAGCUUAUGCUUCUCAAAAGGGAGAGUAAGACAGAAGGAACACUGCCAAAUCAUACUAAGAAAUAAAGUGUUUGGGAUCCUCAUCUGUUGAUCUGUUAUGAAGGCUAGGGAGGCCCAAGCAAUAGCAGCCUGCUUCUUUGUCAGGGCUACCAAGACAGUUAACAAUACAAUUCAGUACAAAAUAGAAUAAAAAACAAUGCACUAAGGUAUAGGAUGGAACCAAAUGGGUGUUGGGAUCCACCCAGCAAAGAAAAAGGAGGUGAUUUUUAAUUGCAGUCCCAUCUCCUAAUUCUCCUAAUACUUCUGCAGGACUCCUAAUUGGGUGUGUGUGUGUUGCAGGGUGCUAUGAGGGGACUAGAAAUUGCUGAGAAUUGCUUCCCUCCUCCCCUGUUCCGCUGACAGAUGCCCGCAGACACUCAUAGCUCACAUCACAAUUCAACAUCUGGCAAAACAAAAGCAUGGCAAAAACAAAAUCCAUUUCAGCUGUCAGUGAAUACAGUGUUUGGCACAUGAGAACAGUAGCUCCUAACAUAGAAAGGUAGGUGCCUUGUGCAACCCUUUCCCGAUGUCUUCUGAGGAAAUUAUUGCUAAAUCCUCAGAUCUCGCAAAUUACCUUUUUGGUGUCAUCCAAAUUGAACAGCAACCCAUUUUAGAAGGCAUUCUAUGUUUCCUUAUAUACACAAAAAUGGCAUAUGCAUUUGGGUGCGUAUAGGGGAUUGAUUGUUUUAGUAUAGCAUACUUUGAUCUGAACUGCAGAACAACCAGCAUUGGAGCUACGGUGGUAAAAGCUGGCUUCUCCUUUCAGUCAAGCUUCCAGGAGAUUUGAUUUCCAAGUCAGGCUUAGGCAAACUUUGCCAGUAUCACUAACAAAUAUUUGGGAAUGUGUACAUUUAAGGGUGUAUUAAAAUGAGGGAAAACGUUUAAAUUGAAAAGGGGCGAAACCAGUUGAUUUGGAAAUCAAUAUCUGGCAGCGUUUCCAACCCAAGUCUCAAGCACUGCUCAGUUCUUUUCAGCCUCCAUUUCUGACUCUAAUUUGAGGAUUUCCCCUUUCUCAAACUUUUACUUCUUAAAUCCAGUUCCUUUUUUUCAAAGAGCUAAAUAUCUAUUUUCCUUUGCUGUUAUUACUCUCCCUUUGCAAGUGGUUGUCCAUUUUUAUCCCAUUUAUACUGGAAUUGUCUUUAAAUCACUUUAACUUAUAAGAAAUGCCUUCCUGAACAAUAAGCUUCUUUGGCAGAAAGGCAUCUUUAGUUGUAGUUAUUUAUACAGUGUGUUGUUCAUUUCCAUUAUAUUCAAGAAACAGAAAAGGGUUUAUUUUAGGGCAACUGCAAAACUUUAUUUAGAAAUUCUUGAUAUAAAACAAGGCAGACUCUUAAGGUUGUAUCCAGUGAAAUUAUUCCGUUAGCUCAGGCACUUCUGCCUGUGGAUCAGGACUUCCUCUCCCUGUGUGCCCUCAACCCUCUAAAGCAGAUUUGGGGAAACACAUGGGGAGAGAAGAGUGAGGGAUGCCAACAUUAGCCCUAGUGCUAAUAGGAAGAUUUUGUUGGAGACAGCCCUCAGAUUAAGAGAUUAAUAUACACUUCUGAACCAAGAGCCUGGCUCACUCAUAAAAAGUACAGCUGUGCAUUUGUGUUGUCUCUAGUUUAGGAUCAUGUAAAAUACAUGUGUGUAGAAAAUGGGCUAAUAUUGCAUAUUUAUAAACCAACUACGUGGAAGAGGAACUGUUCUUCUCCAGGAUGUGAGACUGGGAUUUUGCAUCAUCUGUGCACUAAUGCUAACUGUAUAGCAUUAGAGACUCCUUAGCAGCUGACAUGUCCCAUUCUAGGCUAUGGUCUUAUGGAAUUCUAGUGGAGUAGCUGUGACAAAUUAAUGUGAAUUUUAGACUGGGUGCUUUGCUUUGAUGUGGCACAUUUUGGUGCGUUCUCCUAUCAGCAUUCAUGUCUGAGCAAGCUUCAGAAGGUGAAUAUUUGAGAUCUAAGAUCAUGGCUUUUGAGAGAAGCUACUGGAAAAUGUUGGACAUGGGGAUAUUUAGCCCAGCCAUAAACUCAUGGGGGGGGGUUGCUCCUGUCUCUAACAACUAACAAGGGCAAAGUGCUUUUAUAUGACUUGAAGUGGGCCAUUAAUACAACAAGGGGCUUGUAGUCCAACUUCAAAAAUUCCAUUCAUGCAGUAAACACAGCGUGUAACAGAAAUGCACAAGAAAUAUUAGAGCUGUUGUAAACUACUUGCAAACUACGUGGCCAAGCUACGUUGUCCACAAGAAUGUAUGGCAGUCUGCAUACAUGAAGUAACCCUAAUAUUGCCAAACCAGGGGAUUGUGCAACUGAAAGGCCACACUACAAAGCUUGGGGGCUUCUCCAGCUUGGGGGGUCAGAAGUUCUGUUUGACAGGACUAGGCACAGGUCACUGCUCAGAACUCCUGCUCCGCUUGAUCCAUUCUGAAGUGAUCUUAGCAAUGCAAUUUUUUUAUUUUGGGUAGGAAUGAAUGUGGGGGAGGAUGAUUGAGGUCACAGUCAUUAGUUCUGCCCCAAUACUUCUUGCAUUUGCACAGAAGUCUCUGCAUGUACACCUGAAUGUGUGUACGCUUUCUACAUGUGAACCCUGGGGAAAAAUAAGGGCUUGGACCACCUGCAAAAGACACUCUGAUGGACCUAUGGGUAUAGAGUGGUUAAUAAUAAUAAUAAUAAUAAUAAUAAUAAUAAUAGUCAUUUCUACCCAGAAUAAAUACUUGAACAGGAUGUCAAUUCACAGAAGCAAUUCCUCUGAUGAUCUGCUGUGUCUUAUCAUUGGUGUCUUGAGGCAGUAAUAUUGGAUGGACCUCUAAGAAUGAAGAGAUGAAAUAUGCACUGAAUCUGUGCAAUAUAAUUGUCAUACCAAACAGCAGCUUACUGGGGGUAGAGUGGAUAUGGGGGUAGAGUGGAUUAGAGACAAAAGAGAGAGAGAUAGUAAAGAUGUCACCAAGUGAUUUUUCUUAUUAUGCAAUGAUCACUGGAACAUGUUGAGAUGCCACAGACAAAUGAGAAGACUGAAACUCACCAUGUGCUGGCCCAAUUCACAUUUCCUCAGUUGAGACAUUCUGUAGUAGCUCUCAAUCUUCUCGCACAUCUGUGUUGUUUCAGAGCAUUCAAAACUGACAGAAGUGGACUCACCUGUAGUGGCCUUUGUGUAUCAGCAUAUGUGUGUCAAACUCUGAAUUAAUUGUUCAGUCUCCUUAACCACAGCUUAAUCUUUGUCCGUAUGUGGUCCGCUCCCUGGUACACAUUUGGUCUGAGUAAACCAGUUCCACAGAUAUUAUACCAUGCAGAAUGCCAGUUCUGCAGUUAUAAAUAAGGCUGAAUUUGACAUUCCAUAUUGAACACUAGUGGAAGUUUUAAGUUUUAUGACAUUCUUUGAUAAUGAAGGCUCAAGAGCCCUUACAGUGGGCAACUGGCUCUCAGUUUUAUUAAAUGUUUCAUUAGGUACAUACAUUUUGUCACUGUAUAUGACAGUGUAUUUGAUAUGAAUGUCUAAAUCUGUCUAGAAGAACAGAUGAGCUUAAGAUUCUUGGUGUAUUACCAUAGGGAUGAGAGAAAAUUAUAAAACCAAUUAAUUCCCUCCAACUGUGGUGUAAGUAGUCACUAGAAACUACUGACAAAUUCUUACACUGUGUGUUGUUUCUCUCUUGCAGGCCUAUACAAUUCAGGGACAAUACGCUAUUCCACACCCAGAUGUGAGUUUUACCUUCAUUGUUUGUAUAAGAAGUUUGCUUUCUUAUGUCAUCUGCAUGCUACUGCCAAAUGCAACAAAUAUUAAUAUUAGAAAUUAAUAUUAAUACAACUUUUCUCAAUGUAAAUGGCCGUGUGUAGUAUUGGUAUUAGCCUUUAACCUAUUAGCACUCAACUAUACUUCUGCUGAGGACUUGGCCUGUUGUGAAAUUAUUGAAAUUAUUCUGUGCUAUCCCUUUGCUACAUUGUGCGUGUGUAAGUGUGUGUACAACACACAAACACACACACACAAAUAUGCAUUUUGUGCCUCAAAUAUUGGCCAUUCAAAACCUUUCCCUCUGCUUCUCCUUCCUCAUAAAUUGCCCACAAACAGAUGCACCAUUCUAAGUUAUACAUUUGCUUAUUUGAUAAUAUAGAGAAUAUACCCGGAAUUGUUAAACAUUGUGUGCUUCUCUCAGACUUCACUUCCUGAGUGAUUCUACAAUCUGUCAUUGUAGAUAUCCUCAGUUAUAAUGGAAAAGAUGUCUGAAUACCUGAUGAUGCUGAAACCCUUCCUCCCAAACCUAGGGGAAAGAAAUCAUGUGUAAAGUUGGUCAUUGUUAUUCAUGUUCUGGCACCCUGUCCAUGGAGGAAAGUGAACAGAUAUAUACUUAGCAAAGGUUUGAUUUGUUUCUUAUGCAUCAUCAUCUCUGAAAAGAAAUAUAAGCCACACCUAGACAUAAUCUUCUAAUGUUAUUUGGAAAUGUUUCUUUGGUGAGGUUAGAGAUUGGCGGAGAGAAUAAAUUUGAAUUGGGUGGCACCAUUCCAGCCUACAGGAGGGAGCUCAGUUUUACUUCUUCUUCUUCUUAAACAACUCUUGUGUUUAGCAUAACAUGAAGAAGCAUUCCAGCUUUGCCUUCUUCUGGAAAUGAGAAGGCAUCUUUUCGUAUGGAGAUAUGUGGGCCUUCACCUGUUAUCUGAAGUGGUAUAACCAGGUCUGAGCCAAAACAUCUAAAUAGACAAUAUUUUUUUUAAAAUUUCCUUUUGGGGGGCUUACUGCCAAUGAUGGAGAAUUUCAGGCAGAGGGGAGACUAAACAGUGGGAAACCUCUCCCACUUCUCCACCCACAUAUAAGGUGGGAAAAUUUGCUUGCAACAGUCAAUCCAACCCAAUAUUAGUAUUAUGAAUAUUGUUGAAAGUAGCCAUGGCCUCCACCCCUUCCAGUCUCACACCUUUAGCUCAUUGCACACUUCAUCUAUCAAUAGGAACAAACUAUAGAGUUUCAUUCAACAAAUGAAACUGUUGAAUGGUGCAAAAUGGUGAAAUGUCUAUCACAGCCUUACAGCCCAGAAACAGCAUGGAGAGGUACUUUUUGCUCAGUUUUGGGGGCAACCCAGACUCUGGCCUAGAGAGAACGCGGCCUCAAGUUUUGCAUUGGUCUGAGGAUAUGGGUUUGCAGUAGCAGCAGCAGCAGUAGGAGGAAGUUAUUUUGGACAGUUUUCUUUUUGCAUUCAGCUGGGUUGUAUGGCUCACAGUGGCACAGUGCCGUGUCUUCUGUCAGGUAAGCCAAGUGGCAGGAAAAAUUUGGAAAGGAACUGAAGAUAAUAAUAAGGAACCUACCACUGUGCCCAGUGUAUAGCAGGGGCAUGAAUAUUGUGAACAGGAAUCUUCACCUCACCAAAUACAUCUCUAAUCAGAAAUGGUACAGAAAACACCAAAAAUUAGAAACACUUUUCAGAUGAUGAAAAGUUAACUCUUUAGGUUAAAAAGUAGGAGGCUCAUACCCUACAGAUCCUAUGUGGCUACAGUUGGGUCUAUUGACUUGUUGUGAGGAGGACCUUGUUGAGAGGACCUGAAGUGUCUGUUAGACAAGGCAGUGGGGAUAAUCGUGGUGGGAAUAGCCACGAAAUAAGGCUGGCACUGCUGUUGGCUUUCAUCUCAAGCCACCCUCUCAUCCUCAGACAGGAAUGUACAAGUCCUCUUCCUGCUACAACAUAAAAUAUUCCAGUUAAGCUACUAACCAAAGGGGAACUUCCUAAUAAUAGAUUUACACAGCAACCAGAAAGCCAGGAUUACACUGCUUGCUUCAUUAAUUCAAGUGGUUGAAAUAGCAGGGCAUCAUGUGAAGGGCAAAAUUCUGCUACAUUAAAAAAAGAGAGACUUCCUUAGUGGUCCUGUAAUAGAUUUGCAUCAGAAGGCAGUUCAUAACCUCUAAAAGUCAGAAAUGGCAAGAGCAUAGGGACUACGGCAAAGGAUGUCACAGGCAUUAGCCAAAAGGUACUUGUGACAUUUGUACAAUUUUUUUAAAAAAUGACCAGAGCUUUGGAAAGUAGCACAUUUUCCUAGAAACAAAAUAUUGCAGUUUGAAAGCUGGAAAAGUCAGAUAUCUCUACAAGACAAACAUUACUCCCAGGGGAAACAUCUCUAUCUUACGCAACUGACAAAUGACAACUUGUGCACUCAAUGCACAAAACAAAAUAAGUAAUUUAGGUUGCCAUAGGCUUGCAGUGCAGAGAAAAUUAGACUCACUUAAUUCCCAUUUCAGGAGGGCUUAAUAUAGAACUUGUCUUUCUGCAGAUUGCUUCUCUGGCAGUCCUUUUUCUGAAUACUGUAUUUGUGCAUAUAUUUAUAUGAUUGUAUUUGACUGGAAAAGGACACGGUUCUCUUGCUGCACCAGGACAGUUUCAACUAACUAAUGAGGAAAAUCCCAAUGCUUUUUCCUGCUAUGUACCGUAUUUUUUGCUCUAUAAGACUCACUUUUUCCCUCCUAAAAUGUAAGGGGAAAUGUGUGUGCGUCUUAUGGAGCGAAUGCAGGCUGCGCAGCUAUCCCAGAAGCCAGAACAGCAAGAGGGAUUGCUGCUUUCACUGCGCAGCGAUCCCUCUUCCUGUUCUGGCUUCUGAGAUUCAGAAAUUAUUUUUUUUUCUUGAUUUCCUCCUCCAAAAACUAGGUGCGUCUUGUGGUCUGGUGCGUCUUAUAGAGUGAAAAAUACGGUAAUUCUUUGUUCUGCUGAACUUGUAGGCCAGGCCAGCCAUAAAUAAAGAUUCUCCCUGCACAUUGCUGUGACCCUAAGUGAACUCGAGGAUCACACCCAGAGCCUUGCCAUUUUCAUUUAUUCUUGCUGGAAUGUUUAGAUUCUUGAGCAGUUUCUAUUAAUCUGUCUAUGGUGUAGUUAAAUAAAUACCAAUGCAUUGUGGUGGUGGGGGGACUUAUAAAUUUAUGUUAGAAAACACAUUUGCCAAAAGGUUCUUAUUACCUUUUUCUGUUUUGUGAGCAUUGCAUACAUUGAUUUCCUAAUCUUCCACUGACAGUGUUCAACUUAACCAUUUUUUCCAGUUAAGGUUUACUUUAUAGCCCCAAGGUUAUAAAAUAGCCUAGUGUGUUAUAUCAAUUGUUUGAUUUAUCACAGAAGCAUCAACAUCAUGAGAUGGCGCACUGAGAUUUUAUACACCAACCCUUCUUUCAAAAUUGUUUUGCCUUCGAAUUAAAGGAGUUUAGCUGAUUAGUUAUCCGGUGCUUUAAAAAAUCUGUCUUAUAACUGUUCUUCUUGGAGAAGGAGCCUCCCCACCCCCCACCCUGCCAUUUUGGCACGGGGUCCAUCUCCCCCCUCAGACCUUAUGCUAUAGCUGCUCCAUUCCUCUCAACUCUUGGUGGAGCAUUUUCAAGGGGCUGUUAAGGGAAGUCCAGUUUUCACCAUAUUUAAUUCUGGAUUGAACCCAUUAUGUUAAAAAGUAUUUUGGAUUUACUAAUGAAAAGAAUGACCCUAUUUUCUUUCAAAAUUAUUUCCACUGCACUGAAUAAAAGCCACAUCUGGUGAAGUGGCUAGAAAAUGUAGAAGAAUAUGCCACCCAGUGGGUUGAGCAAGACGAAGAAAUUACACUGAUCAGGAAAUGCUGUGUCUCUCCUAGGAGACAGAAAGAGGACUUUCAAAGGAAACUCUCUAUAGCUUUGAAAUCUCUAUAAUUUCCUUUUUUAUAUAUUCCCACAGACCUUUUUAUUAAAUCUACUGCUCUUACUACCAGAAUUAGUGUGGCUGCAUGUGGUGUUGUUGUUGUUGUUUGGUCGUUUAGUCGUGUCCGACUCUUCGUGACCCCAUGGACCAGAGCACGCCAGGCACUCCUGUCUUCCACUGCCACCCGCAGUUUGGUCAAACUCAUGUUUGUAGCUUCGAAGACACUAUCCAACCACCUCGUCCUCUGUCGUCCCCUUCUCCUUGUGCCCUCCAUCUUUCCCAACAUCAGGGUCUCUUCCAGGGAGUCUUCUCUUCUCACCGCAUGUGGUAUAGGAUAAGCCUAAAUGAAGAAAGGUAGUGGAAAUGGACAAGAAAUCAAACUGUUAUGAGCAGAAACCAUGCAAACUGGACAAGGAGGGUACAACAGGAAAAAUGGUUCAUUGCCUCCUUUCAGUACAACUGUGUGGGAAUCAGGCUGCCUCUGACCUCAGGAACAUAGAUAAUUUGCUCUGAAAGAUGCAUUUCUUAAGGGUAAAUUUCAAUACAUGCCAGACUUUUGAGGGUGAUAUUUGCUUUGAGUUUCAUUUGAAAAGUAUUAUUAUUGGAGUAUUAUUAUUGGAGAGCCAGUGUGGUGUAGUGGUUAAGAGUGGUAGUCUCGUAAUCUGGGAAACUGGGUUCGUGUCUCCGCUCCUCCACAUGCAGCUGCUGGGUGACCUUGGGCCAGUCACACUUCUCUGAAGUCUCUCAGCCCCACUCACCUCACAGAGUGUUUGUUGUGGGGGAGGAAAGGAAAGGAGAAUGUUAGCCGCUUUGAGACUCCUUAAAGGGAGUGAAAGGCGGGAUAUCAAAUCCAAAACUCUUCUUCUUAUUAUUAGUUACUUUAGGUUCUGAUUUCUAUCUGUGAGCUUCUUUAAAAGUGGAGAUAAUUUGCAUGCCAUUUUCUUCUGGUGUUUUGCUUGCCAACUCUGACAAUGGAUUGAAAGCUCUAUUUUUCAAACUCCCCUUUACCUUCCUACCUGUCUUCUUGAAUAGCCUCCCAGGUGUUCUGCCUUCAGUGCUUCACCCUGACUAUUACCAAACCAAUGUCAGACUUCCCUGCAUCCCUUCCCUCCAAUAUGCUGCAGGAGCAAGAGUUUUCCAGUUAUUUUUGCCCAGAAUUGAAAGUAUAAGCUUCCCAUGCCUUGCAUUUCAGGGGGCUGGCCUGACUGGCUUGGUAGUAUGUUCCUAUGGCUGAUUUGUUGUUCCCAUGCCAUCUAAAGCAGGGGUGGCCAAUGGGGUGCCCUUGAGAUGUUGCUGGACUUAAGUUCCUGUCAUCCCUGAGCAUUGACCGUGUUGGCUGAUGGGAGUUGGGAGUCCAACAACGCCUGGAGUGCACCACAUUGCCUACCCCUGAGGAAUCGUAUUACUCCCCGAGCCUGCACAGCAAAAUUUUGAAAGUGGACAUGCUUUGCCAUUAUUUUCCUUCUUGGGUAAUAGCAGAGAUGCCGCGCAAAAUGUAUUCCAGAUGCACUCCUCUUUAUGAGCUCUUUGUUAAGGGGCUCUUAGAAGUCUCUGAGCACAACAAGGGAUGAACGGGGUCUGAAAUACAUACCUAUUUUGGCCAAACCCACACACAUUGGACUUUUCACCUGGCCUACAUACGUCCUAAACCCGCACUAUUGCUUUGGUCCCUAGAACGUUUCCUGCCUUGGGUACAAAUCCCAGCUCCAGUUCAGGAGCAGUUAGCUCCUCUGCUAAGGUGCCCAACUUGCUGCUGAAAGUGCUUUAUGUGUGCACUCUUGGUGGUCCAGAUGUUUCCCAGUUUUGUUCCAGAAGAUGCAAGGCAGAAUUUUAUUUAGUUGUUUUAGCUACAGGGAUAAAAACACCAAAACUAGGCUGCUGUAUUUCAGACCCUGAUCGAGCACAACUGCCACAGAUUUGGGCAUUACUGUAUUUACCCAGGCCAAGUCCUUCUGUUAAAGCUGUGUUUGCCAUGUUUCCACAUGGCUUCCUGGUGUUUUUUUUCCUUUUAAUUAUAAUUUUGUUCUUAGUUUUUGGUGUGACUUGUAUUCUAUAACAAUAACCUUCUUAGUUCUAAUGUCCCUCCUACCCCUCAGCAGUUGACCAAGCUCCACCAGUUGGCUAUGCAGCAAACCCCCUUUACUCCCCUUGGACAGACCACCCCCGCUUUCCCUGGUACGUACCCAAAUACCCUUUACAGAUUUCCUUCUCUUCUUACCUAUGCAGUUUCUCUUUCUUUCUAAGUUCAAUUUGUUUAACGGUUUUUUAAAAAAUAGGAUCUGUAACCAAAGUUGCAAGUAUCAGUUUGAGAUAUGUUAAAGCACUAGAAUAAUAAUCCAGUUUUUUCUUCAUUGUGGGUAUGAGUUCAAUCCACUCAUGGGCAUUUUUAUCUACUUUGCUCUUUACCUUGCUGAGAAAUAGACAGGUUAUGCGUCUGCAAGUCACCUGCUCAUUUUGUCUGCUGCAAGACAUCCAUGUGGCCAACAACACUUUGUUCAUGGGGGCAUCGAAAGUGUCAGUUGAGAGGAUGCAAAUUCCUUCUAGUUCUCUGUCAUGGUUUUGGUCACUGUUUGGUCACUGUUUCAUUCAUGUAUUCAAAGACAUGAAUUCAUUGUUAAUUAAUGUUUAGCAGGUGAAGCUCAUGCUUUCAUGAGAAAUACUGAGAGGGAGCCGUUACUCUAGUGGAUAAGCCCUUUAUUCGAAGCAUGGCGAAGACUUUAAGGGCUUCUGACAGAAACUUAGUAGGUGCUAUUGUGCCUCACAAAUGUUAGUAAAUUAUUAAGUAAAGUGAAAUCAUUUCAACAGAACACUCAAUUAGUAGAUACUACAUUCCAUGUGUUACGUGUAUCUAUUUAAUAUAUCUUCAUGUCAUUUGGGCGAUCACAAAAUGCGUGUUCUGCCAUUUUGUUCAUCAUAUUUUGAGCUUCCUAGAUGAAGUGACAUUGCUUAUCUCCUUGAAGGCAAAAAACAUUAAAUCUGUUUCUUCUUUGCUCUUCAGGAGAAAAGCUGCCCUUACAUUCCUCCGAAGAAGCUCAAAAUCUGAUGGGCCAAUCAUCAGGUAAAACAAAGGCUAUAGGCAAAUACACAGGGUACUAUUUGCAUUUAUAAAUAUUUUUUCAAUUGGAUUCUGCCACUUUUGUAGCCACUUACAAAUUGACUGCUCAAGUUAUGCUGAUGAGAUAGUUUGACUCUCAGUGGGCAUUAAUAUGUUAGUAUAACAUAAUAUGAACUGCUUAAGCUAUAAUGGUAUACAGUGAAUCCUUUUUCUUUUUAGAAAAACACUGGGAUAAAAUGAAAUUGCAGAACUGAAAUGUCUCCUCUUUUACAGAAUAAUUGCUCUGUAUAAGAACAGGAUUUUGGCUCCUCCUGCUUUCUGUUUUCAGUCAACCUGUGAAACUACUCUCCUCUAAGCCUCUCCAGCGUCCUAUCAGUGGGUUUUUAUAAGCACUGGCCAGGAUCCAAAACUCAUGCAACUAGUUCUGUGCGCCUUAGUGAGCUUUGGGUUUUUGUACAUUGAACAGCAACCCUCCACUUGACACACUGCUUUCAAACCUGAUAUAAUAAUAAGAAGAAAAAUGUAUUAUUUAUACCCCACCCAUCUGGCUGGGUUUCCCCAGCCACUCUGGGCAGCUUCCAACAAAAAAUUAAAAUACAAUAAUUAAUCAAAUAUUAAAUCUUCCCUAAAGGGGGCUGUCUUCAGAUGUCUUCUAAAAGUCCAAUAGUUGUUUAUUUCUUUGACAUCUGACGGGAGGGUGUUCCACAAGGCGGGUGCCACUACCGAGAAGGCCCUCUGCCUGGUUCCCUGUAACUUCGCUUCUUACAAUGAGGGAACUGCCAGAAGGCCUUCGCCGCUGGACCUCAGUGUCUGGGCAGAACAAUGGGAGUGGAGACACUCUUUCAGGUAUACUGGGCCGAGGCCAUUUAGGGCUUUAAAGGUUAGCAUCAACACUUUGAAUUGUUCUCGGAAACGUACUGGGAGCCAAUGUAGGUCUUUCAAGACCGGGGUUAUGUGGUCUCGGCAGCCGCUCCCAGAUGCCAGUCUAGCUGCCGCGUUCUGGAUUAGUUGUAGGUUUUGGGUCACCUUCAAAGGUAGCCCCACAUAGAGCACAUUGUAGUAUCUAUUAUUAUUAUUAUUAUUAUUAUUAUUAUCUACCAAGCGGUAGAUAAUCAAAGCAUGCGCCACUCUGGCAAGACAGUCCACGGGCAGGGUCUCAGUCUGCGUACGAGAUGGAGCUGGUAGACAGCUGCCCUGGACACAGAAUUGACCUGCUCCUCUAUGGACAGCUGUGAGUCCAAAAUGACUCUCAGUCUGUGCACCUGGUCCUUCAGAGGGACAGUUACCCCAUUCAGGACCAGGGAGUCCUCCACACCUGCCCGCCACCUGUCCCCCCCAAAACAGUACUUCUGUCUUGUCAGGAUUCAACCUCAAUCUGUUAGCCGCCAUCCAUCCUCCAACCGCCUCCAUACACUCACACAGGACCUUCACUUCCUUCACUGGUUCUGAUUUGAAAGAGAGGUAGAGCUGGGUAUCAUUUGCAUAUUGAUGAACACCCAGCCAAAACUCCCUGAUGGUCUCUCCCAGCGGCUUCAUGUAGAUGUUAAAAAGCAUGGGGGAGAGGAUGGAACCCUGAGGCACCCCACUAGUGAGAGCCCAGGGGUCUGAACACUCAUCCCCCAACACCACUUUCUGGACACGGCCUAGGAGAAAGGAGUGGAACCACUGUAUGGCAGUGCCCCCAGCUCCUAGCCCCUCUAGAUGGUCCAGAAGGAUGUCGUGGUCGAUGGUGUCAAAGGCGGCUGAGAGAUGCAGCAGAACUAGGAAACAGCUCUCACCUUUGUCCCUAGCCCGCCGGAGAUCAGCGACCAUUGCGACCAAGGCAGUUUCAGUCCCAUGGUUGAAUCCUGACUGGAAGGGAUCCAAAUGGUCUGCAUCCUGCAGGCGUGCCUGGAGUUGUUCAGCAACCACCCACUCAAUCACCUUGCCCAAGAAUGGAAGAUUUGAGACUGGGCAAUAGUUGGCCAUAAAGUUUGUUUUUUUAAGAAGCGGUUUAAUUACUGCCUCUUUCAGUGGGUCUGGGAAGGCUCCCUCACAGAGAGAAGCAUUCACCACCCCGCGGAGCUCAUCGCCCAGCCCUUCCCAGCUCGCUUUUAUGAGCCAGGAUGGGCAAGGAUCAAGGAGGCAGGUGGUUGGUUUCACUCGUCCAAGCAGUCUGGCCACAUCCUCGGAGGUAACAGACUGGAAUUGAUCCCACGCAAGUUGACUAGACAGGACUCUAGCACUGUCCCGCCCUAGCCCUGCUCCCAUGGUGGCAUCUACCUCCUUCUGAAUCUGAGAGACUAUAUCUGCAAAAAAAACCUGCAAAAUCAUUGCAGCAGAUCUUGGGGCCUUUACCGGUCUCCUGCUGCUGUUUCCUGCAGAUGCAAUAGAGGCGGUGAAGAAGGUCCUCUUCGUCGUCGCUAUUGCCACUUGGUAGGCUCAAUGUUGAGCUCUAACCUGUGUCCGGUCAGAUUCAGAAUGAGUUUUCCGCCACUGGCGCUCUAGCCAUCUCAGUGAUUGUUUCAUCACCCUCAGCUCCGAGGAAAACCACGAGGCUGUCUGGGCUCCAUGCAAUCAGAGAUGGCGCUUCAGAGCCAGACAGUCAAUAGGCCUGGUUAGCUCCACCAGGGACACCAGGGAAUCAGCUGAAAGGCCAUCAACAUCCCCUACCACUCUCUGGAAACCAUUUGGAUCCAUUAAGUGGCGGGGGCAGACCAUCCGAAUCAGUCCCACCUCCCUGCAGAGGGGAAGGGUCGCGGAGAAGUCCAGUUGCACCAGGAAGUGAUCUGACCAUGGCACUUCUUUUGUUUCGCUUUUACUUAGUGUCAGAUCACCCACAUCCAUAGAGGUGAACACCAGGUCUAAGGCAUGUCCGUGACUAUGAGUUGUGCCAAACUUAUUCAGGGACAGCCCCAUGGAGGCCAUGCUUUCCACAAAGUCCCGAGCGGCCCCUUGUAAGGUUGUGUCGGUGUGGAUGUUAAAAUCCCCCAGGACAACCAAACUAGGUGUCUCCAGGAGAACAUCCGCCACAACCUGAAGCAGCUCGGACAGGGAAUCCUUGGUGCAGCGGGGAGGUCGGUACACCAAAAGGAAUCCUGUACUGCCCCUAUUGCCCAACUUCCACUCAGAGAACUGGGUCUUCCCAAUAGGACGCCUGGUGCAAACUAAUGACUUCCUAAAAAUCACUGCAACCCCCCCUCCCCGCCCACAUGACCUGGGUUGCUGUGUGUAAGAGAAACCUGGUGCACAAGCAGCGGCAAGGACAGGCCCAUCUGCUUCAUCCAACCAAGUAUCUGUUACACAUGCCAGGUCAAAUCCUCCAUCCAUGAUCAAGUCAUGGAUGGCAGUGGUUUUAUGAAUCAUUGACCUGGCAUUGCACAGCAGCACCUUCAGGUCAUGUGGGUAUCCCACGACCUGAAGCAGCUCGGGCAAGGAAUCCUUGGUGCAGCGGGGAGAUCGGUACACCAAAAGGAAUCCUGUACUGCCGUAUUGCCCACUUCCAGAACAUGCACUCAGAAAACUGGGUCUUCCCAAUAGGACACCUGGUGCAAACUAAUGACUUCCUAAAAAUCACUGCAACCCCACCACCACCACCAUAUGACCUGGGUAAAAUCCCCCCACCAAGCGUCUAUUUGGUGUGAAAAGUCACAAGAGCCAUAUGAAUACUUUCAUGUUUUGCAGCACAACUUGUGUUAGAGAGGGAUUCUGAUAAAGAAUAGCAUUACAGGAGAAUAUGGUUAAAGCCCCCUCCUGAGCACCAGGUUUCCAAUAUAAAUUGGGAUUUAGUUUACUUUUUAAAAUGGUGUCUCAGCUCCAGAGGCAGCCAAAUGUUGCUGCUUACCUGUGUUUUUUUCAUCUGGGUCCUGAACCUAGUUUUGGGACUAUUGGUGAACAAUCUGUGCUAUAAGCUGGUCACGGGGAGUGUGCCUGGAUGUUGUUCUGUGAGAUGAAGCCUGGAAUGCCUUGGGACCAUGGGGCUUGGGAGGAAGAGUUUGACUUUCUUCCCCUACCAUGAUCCCAGGAAAAAGCACCUCUCCGAAGUUGUUUCUUGCAUUUCAAGGGAAGCUCUCAUUGGUGCUAUCAGAAGCUUCCCUUGAAAGGCAGAGAGCAGCUUCAGAGGAGGAGAGUGGGCCUGUCAGGGACAGAGGUUCCUCCUUCCUCUCAGUCCUAUGCCUGUUCAGGUUUCCCCAUGUCUGCUGUUCACUUGUUGAAAAUGUACAUGCUAAUUGCAUUCAGGCAAUAAAUGUCACAUCUGGUUAAAAUUAACAAUGGCAAAUAUUCACAUGUAAUUUUCCUUGCUUAUUUUCAAAAACAGCAAAAUAAAACUUAAGAAUUGAGUAAUUAUCUGUGAGCAUUACGUAGACCAGAUCUAAGAUUUGCCCCUGAUCUAACACUGCAUGAACACAGGCUUCAGUGCUGGGAAGGCAAAGAUACCGGUAGCUCUUUCAAGGAAGCCGGACUUCUGCUAAUCAGCUCUGCUGGAAGGGAGGGAGGAGUCUGAGUUCAGUUCUCCACCAGAUUGCUUGUUGGAUGUUAGCAAAUGGGCAAAUAAGAAGUUGUUUCAUUACAAGAUCAUGGAGAGGCAAAUUGCCAUAUUAAAACUGGAAGCCUAAGGGAUCACAGAAGUGAGUGAUGAACUAGAGAAUAAGCACGCUAACUUCAUUUUCUUUAAAUGUUGAAAUUAUAAGUCUUGCUUUUAUUUCGCAUUAUAUUGCUUGUAAUUUGCAGCAGAUCUGCUUCCAGGCACAGUCAAAGGGAGCAGCCUAAAAGGAAAGUUGUAGUUGAGCGUGCAGCCUUGAAUCUUUGUGCAGUCCAGGGAAUCUUUCCUUUCAAUCUUAUAAUUAUUAUUAAUAAUAAUAAUAAUACCCCGCCCAUCUGGCUGGGUUUCCCCAGCCACUUAUCUGAGGCCAUUGUGGAUAGGACAUUAACUAAUGCAAAACCUGGGCUGAAAUAAAUUGGAUGAAAACCUCCAGACUGCGUCUUUUGCUGCAACAUUUUAUAAAUCACACAGAGUGAUACAGAUACAGACCUCUUAUUACUGCCUCUUCUUUGCAACCAGCCCCAAAAGAAACAAGGAAAGCUUCCCUGUCAGUGGGUGGGUCUCCAAAUUUACACUUAUUCUUUCAAAUGAGUAUCUGGAGCAAGAAUGGGAUAUCUGGCCUUCCAGAUGUUGUGAAACUCCCUCAUCUCUGACCAUUGUCCCUGUGGACUCAGGCCAAUGGGAGUUGGAGUCUGGCAACAUCUGGUGGGCCGACUACAGGUUCAGAAUAAUUAUGUGAGAACUGUUAAGUUCCAUGGAAAAUCAUAUUUUUGCAGGCAAAUAUCCAUCUUCUUUUGGGAGAAAUUAAUUAUACAUUCCUUGCUUUUUCAACAUGGUGUUGAAAUUGCAUAAAGUAAAUUUGGCACUGGAAAUGUGCUGUAUAAAGAGCGAAUCAUUAUGACUGAGGUGGUCAGGGACAUGUUUUCAUUCUUCAAGUCAUUGGGUUGGAUACUAAGAACUUUGAGUGAAAGGAAAACAUUAGUUAGCAUUGUUCUGCAAAUACUUGCUCAAAAGACCAAGAAUUCACACCAGGCUUUAUAGAACUUCUCACGCAUUCACUUGUGCUACAGAUUGUGCAAGGGGAACAACACGUCUGGAUUUAGUUUCACUUUUCUUGCUGUAGUGUGAGGUGGAAAACAGCUGUUCUGUGACAGGUAGGUAGCCGUGUUGGUCUGCCAUAGUCAAAGCAAAAUACAAAAAUUCAUUCCAGUAGCACUUUAGAGACCAACUAAGUUUGUUAUUGGUAUGAGCUUUCGUGUAUCUGAAGAAGUGUGCAUGCACACAAAAGCUCAUACCAAAAACAAACUUAGUUGGUCUCUAAGGUGCUAAAGAAGGAUUUUUUUUAAGCUGUUCUGUGAGUGAGAGGCAGUUUUGCAUAUGGGGCAAUUUGAGAUGGAGCAAGUUACUUUGUGAAAGUUUUCACAGUUCUUUGAAUUUUCUAAAAAAGAAUACUGUGGUUUCAAAUUGGGCACAACUUAUUCAAUAUAUAUAGCAUUACAUAUAAGGGUAGGUAGACUGUUUUUUGAGAUGACAGCGUAUAAAUUAAAGGAGCAGAUCAAUAUAUAUUUUAGUCAUUGAUUUCAAAGCAGAAAUCUCUUGUCUUGCGACCUAUUCCUACAAGAAAUAAAUGCAAUAAUAAAGACUAAUAGAUGUGGCAAAAUACAGUAGCUACAGUGGGAAAGAGCUUGACCACAAUCCCAGGGUCUGAUGAUAAGCUACAACAAACUUUAGCUUUGGGCCGGGGGUGGGGAGCAAAGCUGGACAGUCAACACAUUUGCACAGUCUGGGUAAGCCAAAAUUUCACUGACUGUGUUGCCUGAACUGCGCCAAUUAAUGAACACUCCCUGAUUCAGUGAGCGGUCAUCUUGUCAGCUCAAAAAAUAUUUCCUGUUUGUACUGCUUAAACCUGAUUAAUGCCAUCAUCAGGCUAAAGCGUUCAUCUACUGUGGAAUUGAUGAUGAUGGACCUUGGACAUUUGAUUAGAAAUUGAAACAAUAUAAGCUAUUACAGCCGGAAGCAUCAAUGCUUCUGAAUACCAUUUGCUGGGAACCACAGGAGGGAAGAGGGCUCUUGUUCUGGAACCCUGCUUCCUGGUUCUCCAUAAUGGGCAUCUGGUUGGCCACUGUGAGAACAGGAUGCUGGACUAGAUGGGUCAUUGGCCUGAUCCAGCAGGCUCUUCUUACAUUCUUACUUGCUCAUAGCGGCCAAUAUGACAGGAAAUUUUGCUUCCCCCCUCCCCAGUUUAUACCUUUGACCUUCACACCACUUACCUCUGGAGGACAUUUGCAGUAGAACUCUAUCCUUAUAUUGAGUUUGGUGUCAAGAUAUGUUCCAUACUUGUCAGGGGCAUCAGCAUAAUGCAAAGUGAGUAGCAAUGUGGGAACCAAUUUGUUUAUGUUUGGCAACCAAAACAGCCUGGGUGGAGAGACUGAAUACGAUGUGCUUCACAAAAUGGACUUCUGUGGCAGACAUUGCAUCGUGGUCUGGACGUGGUCUCCCCAACACUAACCCCAAGGUACCACAAGGUCCUGGCUGUGUUUUUGCUCCGUUGAUUAACAGCAACUUUUUGAGCCAACUGUUAAGGAAUGGUUUUAUCUUUGAUCCCGAAACGGAAGCAAGGUGAGGUGAGGAUACGGUACCUAUGGAGUUUGUAAUGAUUUGUAUUAGAACCAAAUGGGCAGGUUAAGAGAGAAUUGAUUCUAGGAGCUCUAGGUUAGUAAUAUUAGUGCUUUCCUUGUUACUUUGCCAAAACAUGUUCCUUCCUUACCCUCUGGCCCUGGUGCAGUCUGAGAAAUUCACAAGGUCUGCUAUUUUGGUGGAAUACCAGACGCUGUGCAGUGCUAUGUCUUCAAGCUAUAACCAUUUUCCCUUGCAUAUGCUCAGGUUUGGAUGCCAGUCCCCCGGCCAGUACUCAUGAACUCACCAUUCCCAAUGAUGUGAGUAUCGCAUCUCAAUGCUCUCCAUACCAUUUUUAAAACAUGUUUCUCUACAAAUGACAUCUAGGACAUUUAGCAAAGCCCAUGCAUUAAUUCCAGGCAUAUCAUUUCAAAGUCUUUUAACAAAGUACAGUUACUAAACCGAAAGGGGUGGAAUAAAGAAUUGGGGAGGGGGAUUGCCUUGGCAACCUUUCUUCAGUAGUCUAGUCCUUAGGAAAUGGACUGACAUCUCUAGAGAACAACACCAUUUUCUGACCCUUUCUAGUCCUACAGCAUUAGAGGUUUGCCAGCUGCAGACAGGUGCUGCCUCAGUAAUUUCACAAGUUGCCUUAUGGGAUGAAAAGGGAGUUGUUUUCCUUGCCCAUUCUGAUCCUGACCUCCGUGCUGGGUGGUAAUCAAAGCAGUUCAAUUGGAGCUGAGCUGGAAAAUGGUGGGACUUACUUUGUGCAUAGCUGCCAACUUUUCCCUUUUCUUGCGAGUAAUCCUAUUCAGAAUAAGGGAAUUUCCCUUAAAAAAGGGAAAACGUUGACAGCUAUGACUUUGUGGUGGGAGAGAAGUGGGAAGUGGGAGGAGUCGUGGCUCCGUUUCUUAUUAUCUGGGUACUGUAUUCUAACAGGAUAGGUUGUGCUUCGUUGACUACUUGUUCAUGCAAAUAUUCCAUUUGUUUCUAGAUAAAAAGCAAGUAAUUCCUCCCCUAUUUUUAAAAACCAGUUUGACAGUUUAUGAGAAACAGAACAGAACACAUAUAGUACUCCUUUUCAAAUAGCCCCUGCAGAAAUUCUACAUUUGAUGUCGUUUAGAAAGGUUUUCAUGCUGGCUAUUUAUUUAUUGUGACUUAUUUCAGAGCACAGAAAUGUAAAUUGACCUCUCUUCCAGUCCACUCCAGCUGUGCUCAUUUCACACAUUAUGAGUAUGGUUUAGAACAGGAGUUCCCAAAUGUUUUGGACCCAGGACAGCAGCACAUUUGAAAAUCUAAAAAACUGUCAUGAGCACCACAAAACACUAAUUUCACAGAAGAAAAAAGAGUUAUAAUAGCCCCCUGUCCCAAGCAGACAAAAUACCUCCACCUUAAAAAAAAUCAAAUAAAACACAGAGGAGGGAAGUACACUCCCCAUAACAAGCUGUCUGUCUGUCUGGAGGGACUAAGGGCCUUGGUGGACACCAAGGGUGGUUUCUGGGGGUACAGUGGCCCUGCCGUAUGCACCACGUUGGAGACCCCAGGUCUGGAAACAGUUGAGAGCUAAGCAAGACAAAAACCACGGUGGAGUGCAUUUUAGAAAAAGACAGUGAAAAGGGUCUGACUGAAGUUUCUGGACAUGCGUUUCCAGCUCCAUGAAAUUGUGGUUUUGUAUCUAUUGGCUUGGAGAAAAGGUGCAAUAUAAAUGUUAUAAUAAACAACGUAGAAUAUAGCUCUAUCUUAUUUGCAAUUGUGAGCUUCCUGUCAAUUUAUUCUGGCUCAUUAGAGGACCCUGCAAAGAUUAAAAAGUUCCUAUUUCAAACAGGCAUAGGUCCUUCAGAGUCUCCCCUUCUCUGUACUUUUCUUAUGAAAUUUCCAGAGCCCAAAUGUACUGUUAGUGUUGGUUGAAUUGAAAUACAUAAUUGUUUCUGGUAUGCUUUUAAUUUGUGAGGGCAAUUUGCUUAGCAACAAACAUUAAUUCUCCCCCAUUGAGCAUGCAAAUUUUGGCAUGAACAUACUCUUAAAAAUUAAUCUCAGUUAUAUUUAAUUUGUUUGAAUUCAUCUUCCCUGAAUAUGGGAACCAAAACUCUUUCCCAGGUUUGUUCAUUCAUUCCCCGGGGCAAGCCAUGACAGUCAUCCCCUACAGAGACAGCAUGACCACCAUUAAAACCUCAUGUAUAGAUGGUUUGCAUUGUUUAUCCAUUAUGCAAAUGAAAGCAAACUGAGCUCUGGUUUCAGUUAAUGUAUGUGCAGGGACACUGUCUAUCACAAUUACAUCAACACUCUUCUGUUCGGCAUUCAAUAAAACCUUAACAAAAAUAUUUAAGCAGGUUUCUAAAAAUGCAUACCUGCAUCUGAAGGUGAACAAAUAAUGUGGCUGAGGAGGAAAAGGUGAUGGAGGAAUUCUGACUUGAGUGUUUCAGUUUAGUUUAGUUUAGUUUAGUUUAGUUUAUGCCAUUGAUUUUUGAGCUUGGCAUGCAACCUGAAAUUUAGAGGCCGCCAUAGUAUAUUUGAAUGAGACAAAGACUUUUGGCUUUUUGAACAGCAAGUCAUUAUUAAUUCUGGUGUCUUAAAGUGGUGUUAUCCUCAACAACAAUAAAUGGGAUGUUCUCUCUAGGACUAGGAGCUUCUUCUGAAUCUGUAAUCCAGUCUGGCUCCCUGGCCCAUUAUAAAUGAUCUGCCUCUGAUCCUACAGAACAAUUCUUCAGGAAAUCUACCAUUUAAAAGACCUAUUUUUCUUUCUACUAACCUAAAUUAUAUAGAAAGCAAUACACUGUGGGCCGUUUCCAGAAUGGCUUGUGUUAUGUGUUUUGAUUACAGCUGCUAUUAUAGCAUAUUCUCCAACACUUCACAGGUGAAAACCAGGGUGCUUAUGAGUGUUACCCCAUUUGCAUGUUGAGUAUACUGUGACUUCAUGUUCUGGACAGAUAUAGGCAUGAAUAUGCAUUAUUUUCAAUAUGCAAGCCAUGCUCACUCAGUAAGAUUCCAUAGAAAUACAUCCAUAGAGUUAUGGAAGCAAUUUAUUUUUGGAGUAUGAAAGGGACAAUAUUCUCUUCACCAUUUGCUUCCGAGGUCCUAUCAUUGUUAGAUUUCUCCCCAAUACCUUGUUGCUUUCUGGUUGAUAGGGCACAAGCUUGCACAUCUUUCUAUAUUCUUACAUGGUUCAUAGAACCAUAGAAUAGUAGAGUUGGAGAGGGGCCCAUGGACCAAGCUUCCACUUGAAUCAGAAAAUCCAGAUGUGGUGUAUUCCCAACAGAUGACUGUCAAACCUCUGUAUGAAGACCUCUAGCACACACACAUACACAUGCCAGCAAUUGGUUCCAUUGUCAAGUGGUCCUUACCAAUAAGACGUUGUUCCUAUCUUCUGUGAUAGAAGCCCAUUAGAUCUAGCUUUGCCCUCCUAGGCAGAAGAAACCAAGUCAACACCCUCCUCUGUGUGGCAGCCGCUUUGGGUAUUUGAAGUGUGCUUUCCUGUCCCUUCUCACCUUUUUUAUUCAUGUUACAAAUGCCCAGUUCCUUCCACCUUUGCUGUCCAUAUCCCUGCAUCUUCACUGCCAUCUUUGGAACCAAUUUUUCUACAUCCUUCUUGUCAUGUCUGACAAGUGCAGAACCAAGUGGAACCAUUAUUUUUCAUAAUGCAGCCUAAACUUACAUCAGCUUUUUUUACACCCAUAUUCAGUUGCUGUUUGUAAAAACAUUGUUGGAUUUAUUUGUAUAUUAUUUAGAUUUAUGCCCCACCCUUCAGAUACAUUGCCAGGUUUGGUUAAAUUCUUGCUCUCUGGCUCCAGUUUCUUAGGAUGCUCUGUGAUGAGUUUGAUAGAUAGUUGGUCCUGCCUUUGAGCUAGAUCACUACAAAAAGCUUUUUUAAAAAAUUACAUUGCACUUGUAAUAGAAGAAAAUCAAAAUCUGGUAGUACUGGGGAAAGCACUAACAGGCUCUUGCAGGCAACACUUUGCACAUGUAGAAGCAACACUGCAAGUUGUCAUGAUAUAGACAGCUGCUUCAUUCCUCCAGAAACAGGGUGUAUCUUGGAGUCCAGCAGACCUUUAUGUCUCAAGGCAACUGAAAAUGUGGGCCCUCCAGCUCCACAGCAUUCGAUGGCAGAAAGUGAGAGAUGAAAGAGAUACAGCUUCACAACAUUCAACUCUGCUUGAAUCAUGUGGAAUGUGGUAUAUUGCACUGUGUAUAGGGAUAAACAAAGCUGUCAUGUUGAGUUAUCUAAGUUUCUCAUGUUUCCAGUCUUAAAUUCAGUUCUUCACAUUUCUACAACAAUUUGCAAUUUGAUAUUUAAAAAAAUCCUCAUGAAAAUUUGUCAGCCUUUUUUGUGCAAACUUCUCCUGCUUGUAUGUAGGUUUUCAGUAACUAGCACAUUUUUCAAGCAGUUUCCCCUAAUAAAUGCAUUUUUGUGCACAUUUUCCCUUAAAAUAUUCAUUUUGUACAUAUUGCUUAGGCGGAGGAUGGAAACGCAAAAUUCAGAGAAGGACAAGCUCUAAAGGAAAGCUGUGUUUUGGUUCACAUAUUGUUUCAGAAAGUGCAAAAUAACUAAACUAAAAUGUUCUAACUAAAACAUGAGCAAGAUUGAGUAUUUCCUCAAUCCCUAGCUCCGUAUGACAAUUUCAGUUCCAUGGAUGUUCAAGGCAGCUACUUAAUUAGAUUUACUUUAUCAUAUAUUGUUUGGGAUGAUUUCUUACCUGCUCCUCCACCACAGUCCCAUGGCAGGUCACAGCAAUGCAAAAAUUGUUUUUACUGGAGGGGUGGUCCUCCUAGGAAUUUUCCUCGCGGGUUUCCCAAAGGACAGCCAAAAAUGAGCAGCAGCAGCAUUUAGCAGACCUACUUAGGUGUAAAUUUAGCAGCAAGUAAAUUCAAAAAUACUGUGGACAGGAAACAUCAAGAUAGAUUUUGGAGGCCUAACAUUAAAAGUGACAAAGGUGCUCACAGAAACAGCAACGCAGGUGUGGCUGAGUGCCCCAUUGUGGACACAGCUGUAGUGAAUCUUUCUUAACACCUGGUGGCUAAAAUUCCUGUGUUUAUAGCUGAAAUAACAUUUCAAUUAACACUCAUGUGUUUGAAGACUACUUUUAUUUUGAUGAUGGUUCUUCUUGCUCAGAAGCGUCUUUUGCUUGAGCUUGUUUGACCAUUCUUAAGAUUUUGCCUUGGGGUUUUGGUUUCCAGCUGCCUCUUCUCUGCUUCUCUUUUUCACACUUGAAAUGUUUAAGUCAUGGCUGUGCUUAGAAGGUUUGCAUGCUCACUUUAGUUCACUGACAGCUACUGGUAUUACUGAAGAUUCGUUCUUGUUAGUGGCUUUGAUUGGAGGAGCUAAUGAGUUAGUGGGCACAAAAAAUCAGUUACCUUCUCACCCCUGCUUAUGUGCCCCCCCCCCCGUCCAGCUCUGCCACUACGGAAGUGGGGCACCAGGCUGUGUGUUGACCUGGCUGAUCACAGACCUUUCUGUGCCCCUUCCUUUCCCCUGGUGCUCAACUCAGAGCACAAGCCCUUGCUCCAUUCUGAGCACACCUGGGAGGAGAGAAAAGGCAGAAGGGCUGAGGCUGAGGAAGAACGCCACACCUGCAGCUCACAGCCCUCUUGGAGAGAAGGGUGAGGGGACAGAGAGCCCUUUCGGCCCUUAUUCAAGGCACUGCCACCAACACCAUCUUAUAGUAUAGGGAGAAGGGGACAUGGAGCUGACUGGGUCCACCACAUCUCUCUUUUCACACCAUCUGCCACCACAACAUGAAGGGAGCUGGAGGGGUUGGGACUGGGGCGAGGACGCAGGCCUCUAAAGUCUCCUCAGCCAUUUCGUUAGCCAUGAUUUGUGGCAAGACAAAGUGCCAUGCAGGUCAUAAACAGGCCUGGUGGUGACUGUUUAUAACCUGAAUAGUUUGGAAGAGAUUGCCAAGACACAAGAACAGUUCAGCAGGGAAGUGAUAUAGCAGAGCUCUUUUGAAUAUUACAUUUCCAGAGUAUUCAAAACAGAAACACGUGCCCUGACAUAUCUCACAAGCCCUACGAUACUACUCACAAUCUUUAACACCAGUGGACCAAAUUAAGAAAUGCCCCUGUGCCUUUUUUUCUAGCUAAUAGGCUGCAUAAUCGGACGCCAAGGGACCAAAAUCAAUGAAAUUAGACAGAUGUCUGGAGCACAGAUCAAAAUCGCCAAUGCCACAGAAGGUUCAUCAGAACGCCAAAUUACCAUCACAGGAACCCCAGCUAACAUCAGCCUUGCUCAGUACCUCAUCAAUGCCAGGUGAGAGCUGCUUACUAAGGUUUCCUAAGUACCUCCCUCACCCCACUUUCAUAACCCAAGAUAUAAAUAAAGUGGCCAAUUAGACCACAAUACAAACGUCUCUGAUGCCAACAUGUACUCUUUGCUCCACAUGGCAGCAAGAAGUGAGAUCAUCCAUCAAUCUAGUUUUGGGGAAUUCGGUGAACAGUUAUGUUGAUGGUUCCCCUUAUUCUAUUAAUCUGGUAAUGAUAGCUGUAAACGAUUAAAAAAAUCCAACUAUUUUCUCAGUACAUAUAUCUCUUUUCAUAACUUUCAAAUUAGUUUGGCUAUGUCAGAAUCUCUCUUAACUCAUUCAAAGGGUGUAAUUCAAUGUCACAAUUCUUCCGUCUGGAAAAGCAUUUCCGCUUGCCAGAAGGAAGAACCCCACCUUUCCUCCCCCUGCAUGCUGUUCUGGGGUUUCCUAAUUCCCAAGCCAAUUUGGGGGGUGCAGCGGGAAGCCCCAUUGCACAAGUGAAAGUCCUUUCACAGGGCUUAUGCUGAAAGGGUUCAUUAGGUGAAUCCCACCCACAGAGAUGCAUAAUUUAUUUUGCAAUAUUAUCGCUUGUUUUGAUCCUAAAAAAUGAAUUGCAUUUGCAUUUCCUGUAUAUAUUUUUAUCUUAUCAGGCACUUUUCUGAAUAAGGGCAAAUAAGGAGAAUGAUAAUAGGUUGGUCAUUCCAUCUUAAUCAGACUUUUAAAAAUUAUCCUAUCUGCUAUUUGAAAUAAUAGGAUGUGUUUUAAUAGCAGCCAAACUGGUAUGGAUGAAACAGGAAAUGUGUGGGUGGCACAGCUGCACAGGAAGGAUCAUAGAGUUGGAAGGGACACUGAUGGUCAUCUCUUCCAACUCCCUGCAAUGCAGGAAUCUCAGCUAGAUCAUACAUUCCUCCUCUGCUUAAAAGCUUCCAGUGAAGUUGAGUCCACCAUCUUAUGAGGGAGUCUAUUCCAAUGUUGAACAGCUGUUUCCGUCAGAAAGUUAUUCCUGAAGUUCACUCAGAAUCUCCUUUUUUGUAACUUUAAGUUCUGGGUUGUACCUUCUGGAGCAAGAGAAAACAAGCUGGCUCCUUCUUCCACGUGACAGCCUUUGAAAUUUUUGAAGAUGGCUAUCCUAUCUCCUCUCAGUCACUUUUCCAGGCUAAACAUACCCAGCUCUUUCAAGUGCUCCUCGUAAGGCUUAGUUUCCAGACCCUUGAUCAUCUUGGUUGCCCUCCCCUGCACUCGCUCCAGCUUGUCAACAUCCUUCUUAAAUUGUGGUGCCCAGAAUUGGACACAGUAUUCCAGGCGUGGUCUGAUGUGGCAGAAUAGAGUGGGACUAUUACUUCCCUUGAUUGGGACACUAGACUUCUGUUGAUGCAGCCGAGAAUAACAUUAGUGAUUUUUGCUUCUGCAUCACACUGUCAGCUCAUGUUAGAUCCUUUUCACAUGUUCUGCUAGUAAGCCAGGUGUCUUAUAUUUGUGCAUCUGGUUCUUCCUGCCUAAGUGCAGAACCUUAUAUUUGUCCCUAUUGAAAUUCACUUUCUUAGUUUGGACUUAUUUCUCCAAUCUGUUAAGGUCAUCUUGCAUCCCAAUUCUAUCUUCUGCGGCAUUGGCCUCCCCUCCCAGGGUUGGUGUCAUCUGAAAAUUUGCUGAGAAUCCCCUCAAUUCCUCCAACCAUGUCAUUUAUAAAGACGUCAUACAUGCCUACCUGCUCACUAUCCUACCAGGCAAAUUGAAACCAAGUUCACCACAAGAAACAUAUGUACUCUUGUAGACAAUCAAAUGUCACUUGGGUGAGGAGAACUGACUUGUCUCCUCUUGGGUCAGGGUUGCUGACCAACUCAGGAGCAGGGGGCAAGGGUGGAGUAUUCUGGGAAAGGGCCUGGCUGGCUGACUGGAGCGCUGAAGGUGAGCCCUCCAUACAGCAACGCUUCAUUUGUUAUAAUUUCCUUCUUUUUGUCUUCUUUUAAAUAUACUAACUGUAAUUGUGUUUAAAUUAGAUCAGAUGCUAUUUUUUAGGAGAAAAGGAUGAGUGUGACAAAAUCCAUGGUAUUGCAGGCAACGUGAAUGUAAAUUAGCUUGUCAGAAUCAUUAGCAAGCUCUUUUCCAUGUUUGAAUUAAUGUGAACAGGGGCCCAAGGAGUAUGGAGUGAAGUCCUCAGUGUCUAUGUUUGUCAUAAACUUUAAGCGAUUCCCCACUUUUCCUCCCAUUUAUUUUUUACAAUUAUUUAUUCUAGGCUGACGUCUGAGGUCACUGGAAUGGGCGCACUCUAAUUUCUGCCAAUCACACAUCAUUCUGCAUCACAUGACCCUCUCUAGCCAAUGACGCUUCUUCACCCAGCUUCUACAAUGCGUAUACUUACGGCUUCACACACCCCUCUUCUCCUUGG